AUGCCCCCAAGGAAGCGGACGCGCCCCGCCCUGGGGUUCCUGUGCUGCUUCGGCAGCAGCGAGCCCCCGGAGAUCAACCUGAAGGACAGCGUGCCACUGCAGUUGCUGGAGUUCAGUGCACCCAUGCCCCCGGCCGAGGAACUGCACGCGCGUUUUUCUGAACUGGUGGUGAGUUGGGGAGAAAAACAUAUUUCCAUCACCUACUACAGCAGGGCUGCCCAACCCUCUUCCUGGAGUCCAACCCUAACCUAACAUACCUGAUUCAGCUAGUUAAAGGUUGUUUCCCUGCUCAGACGUUGCUGACGCAUGCCAGAUCUUACAACGCCUGGAUAGGUAUUUUAUGUACAGUGGAGGUUGGUGGGAGGAGCUAUUGGAGGACGGGCUCAUUGUAAUGCCUGGAAUGGAAUCAAUUGAACGGUAUCAAACACAUUUGACUCCGUUCCAGUAAUUCCAUUCCAGCUAUUACACAGAGCCCCUCCUCCUAUAGCUCCUCCCAACAGUUUCCACUGUUUACGUAUCAACUAACCACAUCAUAUAUCAUAGUAAUCUGGUGCUCGACUGCACAGUCGAUGACAUGGCACGCAACCAUUGGUUGAUGCAUGCAACAUCUGAGCAGAGGAACGCGACCAAGGUCUUGGUAAGCAGCUAAUAAGUAGAAUCAGGUGUGCAAAAAAUGUGGGUUGGCCCUGAAAACCUAGAUCUCCAGGAAGAGGGUUGGGCAAGCCUAUACUACAGUAUAUACACCAGUGGAGACUGAUGGAGAAGGAAAUCAGAUGAUGGGAGAAAUCGGUGGAUGCGUGCAAACUUUCCUACCAUUCCAUCCAUUACAAUGAGGCCAUCCUGCGAUUUAAAUAGACACCAGCCUCCCUUACAUAGUCACACUGAAAUGCUAUGGUAAAAAGAGAGCAUACAGGACUCCCGAGUGGCGCAGCGGUCUAAGGCACUGCAUCGCAGUGCUUGAGGCGUCACUACAGACCUGGGUUCGAUCCCAGGCUGUGUCACAACUGGCCGUGACCGGGAGUCCCAUAGGGCGGCGUACAAUUGGCCCAGUGUCGUCCGGGUUAGGGGAUGUUUUUUUUCCGGGGGGGGGCUUUACUUGUGGAGGCCGGGCGCCUGCAGGCUGACUUCGGUCGUCAGUUGAACGGUGAAUUGGUGCGGCUGGCUUCCGGUGUGUUAAGAAGCGUGGUUUGGCGGGUCAUGUUUCGGAGGACGCAUGACUCGACCUUCGCCUCUCCUGAGCCCAUUGGGGAGUUGCAGCGAUGAGACAAGAUCGUAAUUGGAUCCCACCCACUGGGGAGCCAGGCGCAGCCAAUCAGAAUGACAUUUUCCCCACAAAAGGGCUUUAUUACAGACAGAAAUACUCCUCAGUUUCAUCAGCUGUCUGGGUGGCUGGUCUCAGGCAAUCCCGCAGGUGAAGAAGACGGAUGUGGAGGUCCUGGGCUGGUGUGGUUACACGUGGUCUGCGGUUGUGAGGCCGGUUGGACGUACUGCCAAAUUCUCUAAAACACUGUUGGAGGUGGCUUAUGGUAGAGAAAUUAACAUUCAAUUCUCUGGCAACAGCUCUGGUGGACAUUCCUGCAUUCAGCAUGCCAAUUGUAAUCUCCCUCAAAACUUGAGACAUCUGUGGCAUUGUGUUGUGUGACAAAACUGCACAUUUUAGAGUGGCCUUUUAUUGUCCCCAGCACAAUGUGCACCUAUGUAAUGAUCAUGCUGUUUAAUCAGCUUCUUGAUAUGCCACACCUGUCAGGAGGAUGGCUUAUCUUGGCAAAUGAGAAAUGCUCACUAACAGGGAUACAACAAAUGUACUCACCAAAUUGAGGAAAUAUGUUUUUUGUGCAUAUAAACAUUUCUGGGAUCUUAUGUCGCUCAUUAGAAAGGGACUAACACUUCUUUAUGUUGCGUUUAGUUAUUUUUGUUCAGUAUAUGUCAACAAUCCUUCCCCCAAAGGACCAUUCUAUGGAUUAAAUUGCGUGUAAAUCCCCAAAAUCAUGGUAUUUUAUGUUCUGGGUUUCACAUGGAUCACUCAAUAGUCUAGUAAAAAAAAUGUUAGAUAAAUUGUUAGCUCAACUGGUCCUGAUGUAUGGCCAACUGGUUGACAGGCUAUGUGUAUGGACAUCUGCUUAAAUGGAAGUUUGGUUUUAUCCACUGGUAUAGUUAAAUGGACACCUGGUUUGAUCCUGCAAUCAAAUUGCUGACAUUUUUUACAAGUUCUGGUUAAUUUGGACGUCUUUUCAUCUGAACAUCUGGCUGUAGGACCUUACACCAAAACUGAGCUCCGUCAUGUUGAGCUGAAGCUUUGCACAACACAGUAGAGAGAAAGUAGUGGGGGAAAAUUUGAGGAAAAACAUAACUGAGUGUGUUUCCAUGUCACCGGGAGUGAGGGAUUAUUUUGAUGAAAUGCAGCUCCUUUUUUCACAAAGAGAAAUAAGCUUCGGUGAAGUCUGGAGUAGGAGUGACAUAUCUGGGCCAAACAGUGGAGCAAACCAUCUCUGUAUGUUUUUGUGGGGGCCUGGCACUCCCAAAAUGGUGUCUCCCAGAGAAGUCACUAUAUAGGUUUAGUUCUAAAAUAGAGUUGUGUUUACAGUGGGCAGUAAUUGUGCCACAUUAAUACACAACGGGUUAUGUUUUGGCACCCCAGUAACACUUUAUUUGGAUAGUCCCAAGUCGAUAAUUUGUAGAUGUUCAAUAACUGUCAACAACAUUUCAACUAACUAUCCCGUAACCCUAGCCCUAACCUUAACCCUUAUCCUAACCCUGAAGUUAACCCUAAUCUUAACUCUUACCCUAACCCUUAUUCUAAACCUAACCCUAACCAUCACCUUGGCAAGCAGUUGCUUGUCAACAGAUAUGGGACUAUCUAAAUAAAGUGUGACCGACACCCGCUUUAUUAGAGAUACUGAAAGUCGGGGUCAUAUUACCAUACUUCCUUUCGGAUAUGUACACUCAUGCCAGUCAACAUUUUGUAGUGCCAGCUGCGUAAAACACUGCAAGAAAUACAUUUAUUGAUUCAAACCUGUUGAUCUUCAUACAGCAUCACCUAUUGGUCCACAGAUACCAUGAAGUACAGGCAUAGGACAUGUGUCGUAUUUCGCUAACUGACGUCAUUCUUACGUCAAGACCACAGCGUGUUGGGCUUCGUGCCCCUUGGUUCUUUACAGUAUUCUCGGUCUAUCCUCACGAGAUCCUUCCGUGCCGUUCGCUAACUCUCAAACAAAUCCAAAGGAACCUGGGAACAAUUGUGAUUGAUUUGGGCAAGUAUAAUGGAUACCACUAAUCACAAUAGCCAUUUAGGGCAGGCCGCAGAAUUUCCUGAUACAGAAUGUUUAGCUUCCAUUAAUUGACUUUGGGCUCAUUAAAACGGUUUCUUUCCAGUGUCAUGUGUUCAUGGCACGCACACACCAAUGAUUUAUGUGCCACAUGUGAAACUUUGACUCUGGGUGGAGCGGUGACAGUACAUUUUUUUGUUAAUCUGACAAUUCUGGCUUGGGUGAUAUCAUUUAAUCAUCAAAACAGAAUUGCUCUCACAUUUGGAUAAUUGAAAAUGGGUUCUCUUUGUAAUCUCUGUAAAUGUUGUGUGUGUGUGUGUGUGUGUGUGUGUGUGUGUGUGUGUGCGCGCACGCAUGCAUAUCUGUGCGCUUGUCUGUAGUGUGCUAGUUUGUUGUGAUGCCAGUAUGGUUAGUUGAAAUGCCUGUUGCAAUUCCUGGCAAAAGAGCCAAAGUGUAAGGUUGUCAUUUGAAAUGAGUACUGAUGGCGAUAGGAUAGAUGCAGUGGAAUUCAGGUCACUGUUGGCUUCUGCAAUGCUGUAGAAAAGUCUACAUAUGGCUGCCAUGUGCACACAAUAUGCUCACAGUGGGCCAAACCCAACCGUGGCGCUACCUCCAUACACUGCACAGUGAAAGAGAAAGAGGAAAGAAAGUGAAUGAGAGACUGACAUAAGAUGUGAGGGGAGAAAAAUAAAGAGGUUUGGGUGGGCAGCAAAUAAAGUAAAUAAUAUCUAUUGGUUGUGUUUGUAACUAACAACUAAUAAUUUCCCAAAAUAUAAGAAAAGAUAUACAGUACAACCUGAUUGUGUAUGUAUUUGUUUUGAUUGAAUGUGUGUUGUACUUCCCAAGUCUUAUGAGCUUGGAUCAUAGGCUGUUCUGGGUGGCUGUAAGUGGGGAGUGGCUUGUUGAAUCUAGCCCAGUUGGUGCGACAACAUCAAGACUAGUGGGCAUCUGGCAUGAGUAGGGGGCAGAUGACAGAUUAGUCUGUAGGCUUUCUCUCUUCCUCUCUCUUUGCCUCCCCCCUCUCUCUCUCUCUCUCUCUCUCUCUGUUUUUCUCUCUGUUUGUCUCUUUCUCUGUCUUUGUAUUUCUCUUUUUGUAUCUCUCUUCCUCUCUCUCUUUGUCUCUGUUUCCCUCUCCCACUCUCUCUGUCUUUUUCUCUUUACCCCUGUGUUUCUCUCUCUCUGUCUUUCCCCCAGCAGAGAUUAAUCUGGGGCCAUUUUAAUCCUGCCAUUCCUGACUAAUGUCCAGCCCAAGACCAGAAUCUUGAUCUUUGAUCUUUGCACCGCAACCUUCAAAGACCCCACCCCAUAAAGUACAUCAUAGUUGUUUUUAUGUACAUUCUAGUUACUAUGUUUCAUGUGACAUUAUACUCAUGUCAUUUAGCAGAUGCUCUUAUCCAGAGAGAUUUACAGUCGGUGCAUUCAACUAACUCUGAAUGUUAAAAAUCCUAACCUAACGUUUCCCCGGCUGUGGGGGAACGGUCCUUCGAGCCGGAUGAGAACAAGAAUGUGUUGCGUAACACGGGGAGAGCGGAACAGCCCUCCGCCCUGAGAGCCCAUUGGAGUGACUACCCUCAGCGGAGGCCAUGGGAUGCACCCUCCUUCCUCUUCCCUCUCUUUUCCUCUUUCCCUAGUAGUGCAUGUCUGUCCAACUGGCUUCCUUCCUUCCUUGCCCCUCCCCACCCUUUCUCUUUCUCUCUCGCUUUCUUUCUCUCUCUCUCUCUCUCUUUCUCUCUCUCUCUCUCUGGUUUCACCUCUCUUUCUCUCUCCCUUUCUCUUGCUCCCCUUAUUCCACCCCCCACCCCCCCACCUCUCCUCCCCCAUCUCCCUCACCUUCCUCUCCAGCCAACCCUCCAUGUCCUGAGCCAACCCCAUCAGCAGGGCUUGACCCAGGGCUCACUUGAACCAGAGGGGGUACACUGUGACUCAUCAAAAGGGGCUGAGGGAAGAGUAGCAGUGGGGGGAGGAAUUGUGGUGGUGGUGGAUGUAUGGGUGGAGUUGGCAAAUACCAGAGCGGUGCCAAGCCCAAGACACUGAUCUCUGACAUCUCACUGAGAUUAGACUUUUAUGGGCAGGGAGGACAUGUUCCUAGAUCAGCACUCUGAGACUCUUGAUGAAUACUGGUCCUGGGCUUGCUCCAGGGCAAAGACCUCACGGGAUAGGUUGGGAAAGAGGUCUGGGUGGUGUUCAGUAGGCAUGAAGCUGAAGAAAAUGUGCCAAAAUGGGGGAGGUACUAUCUGGACCUUGUCUGUUGCAAAACGUUUCACUACGGUGUGCCCUAAUGAAGACAGCCUUGCGGUAUUUCUCUCUGUCUCGUUCAUCUCAUUUAGUCGCUACAGCUUCCUGUUGGUCCUCCUGGGGCCUUAUAUGACUUCCUCCCAUCUUGCCUGUCUUUCCUCUCCUUUCCUGUCCAACCCUGAAUGGGCUGGAGCAGAAGGUUGUGCGUGUGCAUGUGUGUGUGCGUGCGCCACUCUUUACCAGCAAGCAAUCUCAGUCUUACCCACACACACAGGACCCAUAUGCCCAUAUACAGUGGGGAAAAAAAGUAUUUAGUCAGCCACCAAUUGUGCAAGUUCUCCCACUUAAAAAGAUGAGAGAGGCCUGUAAUUUUCAUCAUAGGUACACGUCAACUAUGACAGACAAAUUGAGAAAAAAUAAAAAAAUAAAUCACAUUGUAGGAUUUUUAAUGAAUUUAUUUGCAAAUUAUGGUGGAAAAUAAGUAUUUGGUCACCUACAAACAAGCAAGAUUUCUGGCUCUCACAGACCUAAAACUUCUUCUUUAAGAGGCUCCUCUGUCCUCCACUCGUUACCUGUAUUAAUGGCACCUGUUUGAACUUGUUAUCAGUAUAAAAGACACCUGUCCACAACCUCAAACAGUCACACUACAAACUCCACUAUGGGCAAGACCAAAGAACUGUCAAAGUACACCAGAAACAAAAUUGUAGACCUGCACCAGGCUGGGAAGACUGAAUCUGCAAUAGGUAAGCAGCUUGGUUUGAAGAAAUCAACUGUGGGAGCAAUUAUUAGGAAAUGGAAGACAUACAAGACCACUGAUAAUCUCCCUCGAUCUGGGGCUCCACGCAAGAUCUCACCCCGUGGGGUCAAAAUGAUCACAAGAACGGUGAGCAAAAAUCCCAGAACCACACGGGGGGACCUAGUGAAUGACCUGCAGAGAGCUGGGACCAAAGUAACAAAGCCUACCAUCAGUAACACACUACGCCGCCAGGGACUCAAAUCCUGCAGUGCCAGACGUGUCCCCCUGCUUAAGCCAGUACAUGUCCAGGCCCGUCUGAAGUUUGCUAGAGUGCAUUUGGAUGAUCCAGAAGAGGAUUGGGAGAAUGUCAUAUGGUCAGAUGAAACCAAAAUAUAACUUUUUGGUAAAAACUCAACUCGUCGUGUUUGGAGGACAAAUAAUGCUGAGUUGCAUCCAAAGAACACCAUACCUACUGUGAAGCAUGGGGGUGGAAACAUCAUGCUUUGGGGCUGUUUUUCUGCAAAGGGACCAGGACGACUGAUCCGUGUAAAGGAAAGAAUGAAUGGGGCCAUGUAUCGUGAGAUUUUGAGUGAAAACCUCCUUCCAUCAGCAAGGGCAUUGAAGAUGAAACGUGGCUGGGACUUUCAGCAUGACAAUGAUCCCAAACACACCGCCCGGGCAACGAAGGAGUGGCUUCGUAAGAAGCAUUUCAAGGUCCUGGAGUGGCCUAGCCAGUCUCCAGAUAUCAACCCCAUAGAAAAUCUUUGGAGGGAGUUGAAAGUCCGUGUUGCCCAGCGACAGCCCCAAAACAUCACUGCUCUAGAGGAGAUCUGCAUGGAGGAAUGGGCCAAAAUACCAGCAACAGUGUGUGAAAAGCUUGUGAAGACUUACAGAAAACGUUUGACCUGUGUCAUUGCCAACAAAGGGUAUAUAACAAAGUAUUGAGAAACUUUUGUUAUUGACCAAAUACUUAUUUUCCACCAUGAUUUGCAAAUAAAUUCAUAAAAAAUCCUACAAUGUGAUUUUCUGGAUUAUUUCUCCUCAUUUUGUCUGUCAUAGUUGACGUGUACCUAUGAUGAAAAUUAUAGGCCUCUCUCAUCUUUUUAAGCUGGAGAACUUGCACAAUUGGUGGCUGACUAAAUACUUUUUUUUCCCCACUGUACACUCGAUGACACACACACACACAUCUGUCAUCACGGCCAAGCAUCAUACCUAAAGAGAUUGAAUGGCUGAUUUUUUAGACCUCCCGCUUUGGGCUGGAUGGAAGUUGUAGUUCAAAUAUGCAUAAUCUAUGAGCAGAAUUACUGUUUUACCUCAUUUUGCCAUGAAAUCCCUAGUUUGAAAGCUACUGUUUUCUAGAUGCUGUGCAGUGUCAUUUUCCCUAGAUUUUCCCCCACGUGCGCCAGCCCCCUAGUAAUUUGAGUUUCAGCCAAUGAGCUUCAGUCCCUCGCCAUUUGAGCAACAACUAGCAAGAGGCCUGCCCAGCAUUAUCCAAUGAGGUUGCAGGGCGGGCCCAACGGCUCAGUGGACACAGCAGAGAGAGACAGCAAUGAUGUGGUGCACAUAAAUGCACAUAUGUGACGUAGUACACAAUUUUCGGGGACCACAUUCGGCUCGUGAGCGCUACUUUCAAAACUACUGGCUGAAAUUAUGCAAAUGUUUGACAGUGCAUCUUUAAGCCACACACACAUUCUCCCUGUGUUCAAUAUCUCACACCAUCAAUCAUUCCUUACCAUAAUCACUCAUCCACAUGUACUCCUAUAUGCACACACCUCACACCUACUCACACACACCUUUUCCUUCCCUUACCAUUUCCUCUCCACGUCUAUCUCUCUCUCUCUCUCUCUCUCUCUCUCUCUCUCUCUCUCUCUCUCUCUCUCUCUCUCUCUCUCUCUCUCUCUCUCUCUCUCUCUCUCUCUCUCUCCACACACACUUGCACACAAAAUUAACAAAACUAACACACAAUCUUAUCCUUUUGUCCACUUUCUUAUCAGGCCUGCUCAGCUCAGAAUUAUUUAGUCUCAUUGACGGGUCUAAGUAGCAGUCUAUCAUAGGGGGAAAAAAGUAAGCAUUGAACAAGUAAGCCUUGUCCAAGCCAGAAUUGCCAAUAGAGCAUCUCCUGUUUCUGUAGUGUGAGGCAGCUUGAUGUACAAGUACGCCCUCUGGACAGGACACUAGUCUUUCGCAUGGCCUUAACCCCAAUCUAUUUCAUUAAUGCUAAGUGCCAAGCAGAAAGGCAUCAGAUCCCAUUUUUAGAGGAUUUGGUAUGACUCGACUGGGGAUUGAACCCCCAACCUUCCAAUUUCAGGCGGACACUCUAAUCACAAGGCCACUGAAGAUGGUUUGUCUCUCCUCGAACUACUGAUAAAAUAAUCUACUCUCAUACUGUACAUCACGUCACACAGACCCGACCCUUCUAAUCCUUCAAUGCUUCAAUGUGGUAUACUAGAGGGAAUAUGAAAGUUUCAGCUUCUGUUGUAUCCAUUUCUACACCGGUGUGUGGAUCAUCUCACUGCAGACAGUUCAUGAGUUCCUCAGCAGUGGGACAAAGGAAUGAAUGACAGAUAUUCGAGUAGCUAGCUAGCUUAUCCUUUGUGGACAGACUACAUAACAUCAAUUGUAUCGUAACAUCUGUCAACAGUAGUUGUUUUGGCUCGCAGGUUUUUCGUCACUGGUUAUUUUGACAAAUCACAAUUAAGUGGGUGUGCAUGUCUUUCGGAAUUGGGAAGGGGAGGGGGCCCGUAGACUUGACUGAAACUUGCAGAGAGAGGGGGGAGGCGCUACCGCCCUGCUUCUGCUCCUCGUUCUAGCAUAUUUUCGUUCUAGCAUCUUCCCCCAGAACUUAAUCGAGUAACUGACGCAAUUAUACAAGAUUUCAGUUAUUGAUUUCCGAGAAUACUAGCUAGCUAACUCGCAUGUCAUAUCCAAUGUGCUUGAUACCCGUUUUAAUUUCUAACAUUAUUCAAUUAGGUUUUUAGCUGAAAUAUGAAUAUCAGUUGGUGUUACGAAAGGCCAGGUAUGUAUUUUUCUUUUUCCGACAGCAGGUGUAUCAAUAUUAGCUUUGGUUUAUGUGAAUUCCACAGGAGCACGGGCCAAUGUGGGGGCAUACCAGUGAAGGGGUGCAGGAGGUUUUUUCGAUUCUCAGAUUCGGUUUUGGAGGGUUGGGGUGCCACUGGUCAUGAGGAAAGCCAUGUGAUUUUUUUUAGGGGGGUUGUGGUGUAACUGUGCACACUCGCUCUCUCUCUCUGCCUCUCUCGCUCACUCUCUCUCUGCCUCGCUCGCUCUCUCUCGCUUUCUCUCGCUCUCGCAAUCUCUCACCCAAUCUUUUUAUUUUUUUUAUUUAACCUUUAUUUAACUAGGCAAGUCAGUUAAGAACAAAUCAUUCUACCUACGUAGUACACAACUUUUGACCAGGGUCCAUAGGGUUCUCGUCAAAAGUUGUGCACUAUGUAGGGAAUAGCAUGCCAUUUGGGAUGCAGCCCAGGCCUGGCGAGGUCAUAAACAGGAGGCGGGGGCUGAGUGGAGGAACAGGAGAGGAUAAGCUCACCGGGCCUCUUUCCCAUCUGGUUAUAAUCCAGGGGUCUUUUCCCACUGAUUCCCGAACUCGCCAGAUCAUCUCGAAAACAUCAGUGGUUUGGACACCGGGGCUCUGACCCGUGAGUAGGCAAUCAGCCCAGAACAUCAGAGUUUGUGUUUUUCCUCUCCCGAUCCCAAUUUCAUUCUGUAGUUUAUAAGUCUGCAGAGAAUGCAUUUCAGAAUGGGUUUCUGGUGCAGGGCUGAACUGUAUGAGGACUGAAAGCUAUGUGUGUAUCCCAAAUGGCACCCUAUGCCUCAUAUAGUGCACUACUUAAACUAGUAAACAUAAUCUAUUGCAAUAAUGCAUUAGUCUGGCGCAGCAGUAACACUCCUGACUCCGGACUACACAUACCCUCCAUGGCCACGGGAGUUUGAGCCUCGGCUUCGCUGACUGUCUGUGCCCUUCCUACCUGUUUCUCCUCCUCCUUUGUCUAUCCCCAUGUCUCACGUCCUACUAUCCUAUCUAAAACUUCACUAAAAUAUGCAAGGAAGUUUGGACCUCCGUUCUCACCCAAAAAUAUAAUCAUAAUAAUGUCAUUGUAAUACCUAAUCUGCUCUUAAAGAGAGAGUUCUCCCAAAUUACAAAUGUACAUAUUGGUUUCCUUACCCUGCAAGCAGUCAUUGGACAGAAUAUGACAGCAAGCCAUGCCUUGGUUUUGUUUACCUGGCCACUGUUUCAAAUGCUAAAUUGUUUGCAUUUGUGGCACAAAUCCAAUGAAAGUCAAUGGUACCUAUAUUAUCAUUUUCGCGCUUGUCCAUAUAAUCUAUAAGUAACUUCUUUGAGUUAGACAAAACAUUUUUAGAUACUUAACAAAGGAUGAUUUGGACAUGAAUUGUAAAAAAAAAAAAACAGCCAGACUAAACUGAAUUACCUGUACAAAUAAAGGUGAAAUAAGAUACAAUUAAAAAGUUAUAUUCCUUCCUAUGUCUACUGCAUUUCUGCAGUUGGCUCUCCCAUUGAAAUGCCUGGCUUAGAGGGGAUGCCACUCCUAUCAGUGGCUGCUUAGAAUGCCGGCCAUGUCCUCCCAGCUGAAUAGCUGAAGACAGCUCCUCUGAAUCCCCUGGCAGUCCUAUGUUUUGUUUUCUUGUAUAUAAAAUAAUCUUGUAAUUCAGAUUCUGUAAUUGUACAUUUUUAUAAACUUUUUACUAUUGUUUAUUAAAUUUAACCCCAUUUUCUCCCAAUGUCGUGAUAUCCAAUUGGUAGUUACGACCUUGUCUCAUUUCGACAACUACCCAACGGGCUCGGGAGAGGCGAAGAUCGGGACAUGCGUUCUUCGAAACCCUAAGGCCUGCUCGCAUGCUAGCUGUGCCACUAGAGAUCCUGGUUCGAAUCCAGGCCUGUCGUAGCCGGCCGCGACCGGAGACCCAUGGGCGGCACAUCACAAUUGGCCCACGUCGUCCAGGUAGGGAGGAUUUGGCCGGCAGGGGAUGUACUCAGUGGUAGAGCAUGGCGUUUGCACGCAGGGUUGUGGGUUCGAUAAAAUAAUAUGCACAACUGUAGUCGCUCUGGAUAGAGCGUCGCUAAAUGACUAAAUGUAAUGUAAAAUGAACAUGCUCUGCCAAGCCGCGCUGCUUCUUAACACACUGGCCGUUUAUCCCGGAAGUGAGCUAAACCAAUGUGUUGUAAUUGAACAUUUGAACCCUGAUGCUAUGCUUAACAAUAAAACAUGAAUCCCCUGGCUUUGCUUGUCCAGGCCCAGACCCCAACCUCAGAUGGGGCCCGGUUGGGGGGCUGGUUGCAUGGUUGACAUCAUGGCAACCUAGUCAUUAUGGCCCAGAUUAGUGGAGAGUGGACCACAAAGCCUGGCUCUUUAACAUCUCCUCCUCUACCCUCUCUCUCUCUCUCUCUCUCUCUCUCUCUCUCUCUAUCUGUCCCUCUUUCUUUUCUCUCUACUUCUAGAGGGCUCUUUCCAAGACUUGGCUUACUUUCUUCCAUGGCUGAGAUUCAUUUCCUUAGCUCAUAUGCAUUUCAAAAGUCUCCGGGAGGGAAGCACCUUGUUCCAGGGUGAACAAAUGGACACCGCAUUGAAUACUAAACCCAUCAGAGGUGUCGCGGCAGGUUUGUUGCGACAAUCGGAUGAAUGACAUACUGACUCAUUGUUGAAUUUACGGGCUGACUGGCAUUAAACGUUGAGUGUAUUGUUGCUUAACACUAGAACCGCUGGGCCUCGAGGGACCCCCCUUCAAGCUAAUGAGCAGUCAUUCUGACUGCAACAUUCUAACUGUGUAAUUAAUACAUUUCAUAUAUGCUAUCGCAAAAAUAAUUAUUUGGUUGUGUUUAUGAAGGUUUUAGGUAACAUUAGAACACAAUAGCAUUUUCAUUAGUUUAUGACCCUGUAGGGUAUACAGUAUGUAAAAACAAAAAACAUAUGUGUUGGAACGCGGUAAAAGCGUAUUUUUAUAACAACAAAAAACAUUUAUACCCCAACCACAGUCAGCAAGACGUGCGGUCAAAUUAUGAAAACAUCAGUAGCCUAAAGAUCAUUAUAAGCGCCAAAUGUGCUUGAUAAAUAGUGAAAUUUAGCACAAAAGCAAUGAUGCCAUUAUAAUGAAUAUUUGUCGAUAUGACAGCAGUAAAAAAUAGUAAAUUAUUGUUAGCUCGUGCUUACGUGAUGUGCUUCUUCACGCAUUUGCAUCAGUUGGAGAAUGUCCAUGUCACAUAAACAACAAAAGCUGGUGAGUGUGUUGCUGAUGUUUUUUUGCAUUUUGUAGGGUCUGCUCUCUCAGUGAUGACAUUUUGUGCUGUUAAUCAGCCCGGCUCGUUCUAUCCAAAAGGUGCCGCCCCUUCCUCUCUCCUGUCUCACCGUUUCAUUUGGUGGUGGCGUGGGCACCUGCUCAGUGCGCACUGUUCUGGCUUUUUUUGCGCUUAGGCUUUGGAGGUGUAGGUUCAGGCUGAGGCUCAGAAUCAGAAGAAUAAUCAUCAGAGAUGUCAUGAUUCAUUUCUUCCCAAACAUCAGAGUCGUUUUCAUUCAGAUUUUGUCAAUUGUGUACUCCAAGUAGGCCAGAGUAGACUGAGAAGACUUCAUUCACAAUUGGUGAUUACGUAAUUAUGCAUCGUUCACUUCCCCUCGCUCAUCAACUCACCCAUUCUCCCCCCUUUCUCCCCCAUCAUACUUUACUUCAUGUUAUUUAAUCUGUUAUUAUACUAUAUGUGUGAAAUUAUAGUUUAGGUUCAGUUUUGAGGCAAUUAUCAGGGUGAUUAUAAACUGUGCACGGCACUUUCAACGGUCGGGAGAAGGAGGGGCAACGGGGGUAAACCAUUCAAAAAAAGACAUGCCCUCCUAAAACUGGUUAUAAACAGUGUGUUAUAUAGACUUAUUUAGGAAAAUUCAAGGACGGAGGGGGGCAUACUUUAAAAAUGGCAGACUCAGAGUAAUAAAACAAUACAAUUCAUGAGCAGUCCAAAUGACUGCUUUAGCGGUUCUAGUGUUAAUGAGUUAUACAGUAUGUAAUUCUUGACAUAUCAUUAUGAAGCCUCAAAACAAUACAUUAGAUAAUCCUAUAACUGAUUACUUAAUUCCUUGAUUGAUGGAUUGAUUGUGACUGACUGAUUGAUUCAUUGCCUUUUCUGUUGUCACAGGAUGAAUUGGACCUGACAGACAAGAACAGGGAGGCAAUGUUUGCUCUACCCGCCGAGAAGAAAUGGCAGAUCUACUGCAGCAAGAAGAAGGUGAGUUCUGACAUACACACACACACACACACACACACACACACACACACACACACACACACACACACACACACACACACACACAGAACAUUAUUUAAAAUCAACAACAUUUAUCCCAUUUCCCUUAGUUGAAUAGACACGCACAUACACACACACACACGCUAUAUCCAACCUCAUCUCUUGAACAGACUGUUCCUUCGUGCAGCUUCAGAUUGUCAACACACUGUCUGAAAGGGGGGAACAUUUUGGUUAGACCUCCCUUUCACCCCUCUCUCUUGCCAUAACGUCCCUCCUUUCUCGAUCCAUAACAGUGCCGGUUUACUCUGUGGUCAGGUCUCCGUGAGGAAAAUACAUUCUCGAUAUAAAAAAGUGAGCUUGGGCCCCUUCCUCAACAGCAAAUGAAAUAAAUACACAGGGUUUGCUUUCCAAAUGGCACCCUAUUCCCUAUGUAGUGCACUACUUUUGAACAGAGCCUGGGCUCGGGCGCAAUUUGGGAUGUAGACAUGGGCAAAGCACAUGCAUUUUUUGACCGUGCACAUGCGCUCCUGUGUAGCCUUUUGGGGGCCCUAAGAGAGAUUUAAUUUCCUGCAAUUCUACACAUUUUGCCAUGGGCAGUAAAGACAACUUAGCAAUUUUAUAACAAAUGUCAUGGAUUUCUACUCAUUUUGCCAUGGGGCAGAGAGAAAAAAAUGGCAGUUUUACAGCUAAUUUCCUGCAAUUCGACACAUUUUGUGAUGACUAAUGCCAUGUUAAUAUGAUAUGUAAGUGAGAAUGACUAACAAAAUCAGUGGUGACCCCCUGGAGGUCAAGGCCCCUGGGCACGUGCCCAGUGUGCCCGGUCGGUGUUCCACCAUGAUUACUACAAGUUUAGAUAGCUGUCUAGACUAACUACCAAUCUAAAAAUUGUUAGCUGAUAUUGCUAAUUGAGUGACUGUUAAUGACUUACAUAACAUGAGAAAAAUGGCUGAUUCAUAACCAAAUUUCUAAAUUGCACCUGGUGUAUUCUACUAUUCUAACAGUCAAUAGUAAGUAAAUGGUCUGGUCCCCAAGUGGGCGGGGGCCCUAAGCGACCGCUUAUGCCUAGAACUGUCCCUGUGUGUAGGAUUUCUAUACCCCUGGAAGGUUGGAACUACUGGAAAGAAAGACAUGGGCCUUUUCUCAAUUGGAUUUCAUAGACUCCUCACGUCCUCUCCUCCCGUCCUCUAUAGUUAGGUGAACGGAAGAGUUAACUCCUCUUCUCAAUAUUUUUGUUUUAUAGAUAAAAGGAUAAGUAGCUAUCAUUUUAAAAAUGUUUACAAAUUUUUCUCCUUUGAGAAAACAACAGCGGUUUCAAAGGGUGUGUAGCUGAUUUCAAAGCUCUUCCACGGUAGGAUACACCUGAGCAUCCUCCGCUGGAGGAGGCAAUCGAAGAGAGGAGGAAACUCCUCUGUUCACCUAUUAAUUCAUUUACACUCUUCCACAUAUGGCGACAACUUAGCGGUUUGAGGGUCAUGGAGGAGAGGAGGACUAAGGAGUCGAGAAGAGGACAAACUGUUACCCAAUUGAGAAAAGGCCAUAUUUAGGAGAAGAGUUUGAAGGACUGAAUGGUGUUUUAGAAGAAACGCAUGUCAAAUGCUAUCAAAUACUUGAGCCUGCUCCUGAUUUAGUUUGGAAUAUUCCCAAAAGUGCAAAUACACCUAAAUCAAGUGCACCUCAAAUACUUUUAAGUGUGUAUUUGUAUUUGACCAAGGUCUGUACCGAUUGCAAGACAAGAAGGCUUCGACACCUCAGAUUUAUUCAAAAUUGUAUCAAAAUUGAUUCAAAACUGACACACUCUUUGUACAGUAAUAGUCAUACACACUCCAACAAAUGUAGACCGGUUAAACAGUGAGUAUCUAGGAGUGGAGGGUUUAAGACUGAGGUUCUAGGAGUGAGGGUCUAGGAGUGAGGGUUUAUUUCUGAGGUUCUAGGAUUGAAGGUCUAGGAGUGAGGGUUAAGUCUCUUUGUUCCUUCCCUGGCUCCCCAGUCAAAACCCAUUUCCUUUGUGAGUCUCCUGUACUAAAUCAGCCGGACGCAGAGCCAGGAAACAUAGGCCAGGACCAAGGAACAAGUCAGAACAGAAACAAGGAGUACACACCAAACACACCUCUCAUUCAUAGGCAGCCAGGGGUAAUGGAGAAUAGGGAAAUGGGGGAGAAGAACAGCACCACCGACUGCUUAGAAUGCAGGACGAUGUGUACGCAAACACACACAAACACACACACACACACGUACACACACACACUUAAUCACACACAGAGACAUACGGACAUAUGCAGGCACGCAUGCAGGCAGGCACGCACGCAUGCAGGCAUGCACACACACACACACACACACACAAAGCAGCCAUUGUUUGGUCGAAAUGACAGUGAUUUUAAUGCGAAGUACCUCAGAGCCAUAGCACGGAUUAGGGAAACUUUCCUUCCCUCAGUCUCUAGAAACAGUGGCCCUCUUGUUAUUUGGGCCAAACCAGCAGCUGCUGUUGUUGCUGUUGUUGUUGUUGUUUUUGCCUGUAUGAUAACAUUAGGAAAGCCAAUAAGAGUUUUCUGAGUAACUCAAGUCCACUUUACAAAUGUAGCUGUAAAACUGCAGUGUAGUGCGGUUUAGGAUCUUGAACUUAAAAUAUCGGUAUAUUUUUAAAGUAUUUUUGGAUUUUAUUGAACUGAUAGAAAGAAGAUUACAGUGGGGAAAGAGAGAGAGAGGUUAGUAGCCCGGAUUCGAACCUAUGCCAACACCAUAGACAUGUGUACCGGAGGCUGCAGCAUUACCACUACACACAGGAUGCAGUGGAGGCUCCUUAGAGGAGGAAGGGGAGUAACCAUCAUCCUCAGUGAAUUUCCUAAAAAUAUAUAUUGUAAAACAUUAAAAAAGUUAUCCUUUUUAGAUAAAACAAAUAAUUGAUUAAAACACACUAUUUUGCAAAUAAGGUCUACAGUAGCCUCAACAGCACUCUAUAGGGUAGCACCGUGGUGUAGCCGGAGGACUGCUAGCUUCCGCCCUCCUCUGGGUACAUUGACUUCAAAAUAAAAUCUAGGAGGCUCAUGGUUCUCACCUCCUUCCAUAGACUCACACAGUAACUUCCGGAGGACAUCCUCCAGCCUAUCAGAGCUCUUGCAGCAUGAACUGACAUGUUGUUCACCCAAUCAAAGGAUCAGAUAAUUAAUCUAGUACUGAAAGCAUAAGCUACAGCUAGCUAGCACCGCAGUGCAUAAAAUGUGAUGAGUAGUUGACUCAAAGAGAGAGAAAGACAAUAGUUAUUUUUUAUUUUUUUCUCCCCAAUUUCGUGAUAUCCAAUUGGUAGUUACAGUCUUGUCCCAUCGCGGCCACUCCCCUACGGAGGGCAAAGGUCGAGAGUCAUGCGUCCUCUGAAACAUGACCCUGCCAAGCCGCACUGCUUCUUGACGACACUGCUCGCUCAACCCGGAAGCCAGCCGCACCAAUGUGUCGGAGGAAACACCGUACAACUGGCGACCGUGUCAGCGUGCAUGUGCCCGAGAAGCAGGGAGAAAUAGAGAAACAUUUUUUUUUCACUUAUUUAGCUAGCAAAUGCAGCUAGCUAGUUUAGCCUACCGAAACACCCUACUCUAACAGAGGGAUGCUACGUUAGCUAGCUGGCUAUGACUAUCCAACACAACACUGGAACUCUUCCAGGUCAAGGUAAGCUUUUGGUUUUACUAAUUUACUGCCACCGGGGCCCGCCGAUGUAACUGCUUACUGACUCUACACUGUAACGUUCCUGAUUGAUUGUAGCGGGUUUACUAACGCGUAAGUUCUAUUAGCUAUGCUGACUAUGAUGUUGCUUUAGCUAAUAUGGUGACAAUGAUGUAGGCUGUGUGUAGUAGAAAGUUAUUUUUUGCUUGGUCACAUACAGCUGAUGUGUUGUGCAUUGAAGUCCACAAGCGAAGGUGAGAGGAGGAGAGUGCAUAUAUGCGAGAAGGAAUACAACGUGGCUGCUAUGAAAGUGAACUGUGUAUACGCGUGAUCGGGGUGUAUUGAUUCCGCCGAUUCUGUUGAAAAAACUUUUCUUAAACUGAAGCAAAUGGAACAAAAUGGGGGUAAACAUCCCUGAAUUUGUCCAAUAGAAACUCUUGUUUGCAACUGUUGGACUAAUGAUUACACCCUAUAUCACAGGGGUACUCAACUCUUACCCUACGAGGUCCGGAGCCUGCAGGUUUUCUGUUCUACCUGAUAAUUAAUUGCACACACCUGGUGUCACAGGUCCCUGACUGAAAAAUGCAGUGCAACUGGAUUCGAGGUCCAGAAUUGACUCUGAGGGCUUUAUCAGCUAGAUGCAGGCAAGAGUGUGCAAGGCGGUUUUGAAAGUCACUGUCUGUCCAUGUGUCACAGUCUGUCACCUCAAAUUUGUCUCUUGACAUAUGUGCACCUACGUUGUAAAAUGUUAUUCAUAGGCUAGGUUGUAACAAUCUCAUGAUGGCUAUAGGGAAAAUUUGAGUAUCAUUUAGUAGCCUAAACCUAUCGCUGUUACAUUGAACUGGGUGGAUGGAAUAUGAAUGACAGUCAUCCAAUAUGAUGUAAUAGAAAUAAACCCAUGCUCGUGAAAAACAAAUCAUCCUCCCUCAUCUUAAACGGCACUGACCACAACUGACAGGAUGUUGAUCUUAUGGGCAAUCACUAUAUCUUAAACCUUCUUUAGGUAGGGAAAGGCUCCAAUAGAACACACACAGUUACACAAUGGCUAGUGACAAUCCACUGAUUUGGAUUCUGAUCUGCUUCAAACUGGCAACAUGUUUAAAUGGGCAAUCUUCUUUUUUUUUUUAAGGUAGAUUGUAACUUCCAUCAAUGUAAUUGUCUGCAUCACUUCCAAACCCCCAUAUGUUUUGUUUCUCACAAAUAUAUAAAUAUAUAUAUAUAUAUAUAUAUAUAUAUAUAUAUAUAUAUAUGCACAUACAUACAUAUAAAUACAUAUACAUACAUAUAUACAUAUCCUUUCUUUUAAAUAUAGUUCCCCUUUCCAACCCCACCACCCAUUCCCUAAUUGGAGUAAACUAGUGAACAACAACGCUUAGGCCUCUACUUCCAGUUUAUACAUACUAUGGGGCGGCAGGUAGCUUAGUGGUUAAGAGCAUUGUGCCAGUAACCGAAAGGUCGCUGGUUGUAAUCCCUGAGCCGACUAGGUGAAAAAUCUGUUGAUAUGCCCUUGAGCAAGGCACUUAACCCUAAUUGCUCCUGUAAGUCGCUCUGGAUAAGAGCGUCUGCUAAAUGACUAAAAUGUAAUGUAAAUGUAAUAUACAUUUUAUGGACACAGUCAAUUUUACAAUAAUUAUAUUUUGUUUGUUUUUACUCCUGAACUUCCUCUACCCUCAACAUCUCCGAUCAUUUUCAUGAUGUCUAUCCGGUUUGCUUCUAUAUGUCAUAUCUUUAACUGUGCUCUUUCACAAAAGCUCUCAAACUAUAACCUAUAUAGCUUGAAACCUGAACGUGUUCACCCCCCUUGGCAUUUUUCCUAUUUUGUUGCCUUACAACCUGGAAUGAUAAUGGAUUUUUGUGGGGUUUGUAUCAUUUGAUUUACACAACAUGCCUACCACUUUGAAGAUGCAAAAUAUGUUUUAUUGUGAAACAAACAAGAAAUUAGACAAAAAAAUCUGAAAACUUGAGCUUGCAUAACUAUUCACCUCCCCCAAAGUCCAUACAUUGUAGAGCUACCUUUUGCAUAAAUUACAGCUGCAAGUCUCUUGGGGUAUGUCUCUAUAAGCUUGGCACAUCUAGCCACUGGGAUUUUUGCCCAUUCUUCAAGGCAAAACUGCUCCUGCUCCUUCAAGUUGGAUGGGUUCCGCUUGUGUACAGCAAUCUUUAAGUCAUACCACAGAUUCUCAAUUGGAUUGAGGUCUGGGCUUUGACUAGGCCGUUCCAAGACAUUUAAAUGUUUCCCCUUAAACCACUAAAGUGUUGCUUUAGCAGUAUGCUUAGGGUCAUUGUCCUGCUGGAAGGUGAACCUCUGUCCCAGUCUCAAAUCUCUGGAAGACUGAAACAGGUUUCCCUCAAGAAUUUCCCUGUAUUUAGCGCCAUCCAUUAUUCAUUGAAUUUUGACCCGUUUUCCAGUCACUGCCGAUGGAAAAACAUCCCCACAGCAUGAUGCUACCACCACCAUGCUUCAAUGUGAGGAUGGUGUUCUCUGGGGUUAUGAGAGGUGUUGGGUUUGCGCCAGACAUAGCGUUUUCCUUGAUGGCCAAAAAGCUCAGUUUUAGUCUCAUCUGACCAGAGUACCUUCUCCCACAUCCCUUUUGGCGAACACCAAAUGUGUUUGCUUAUUUUUUUCUUUAAGCAAUGGUUUUUUUCUUUCCACUCUUCCGUAAAGCCCAGCUCUGUGGAGUGUAUGGCUUAAAGUGGUCGUAUGGACAGAUACUCCAAUCUCCGCUGUGGAGCUUUGCAGCUCCUUCAGGGUUAUCUUUGGUCUCUUUGUUGCCUCUGAUUAAUGCCCUCAUUGCCUGGUCCAUGAGUUUUGGUGGGCGGUCCUCUCUUGGCAGGUUUGUUGUGGUGCCAUAUUCUUUCAAUUUUUUUAUAAUGGAUUUAAUGGUGCUCCGUAGGAUGCAACCCUGAUAACCCAACCUAGAACUGUACUUUUCCACAACUUUGUCCCUGACUUGUUUGGAGAGCUCCUUGGUCUUCAUGGUGCCGCUUGCUUGGUAGUGCCCCUUGCUUAGUGGUGUUGCAGACUCUGGGGCCUUUCAGAACAGGUGUAUAUAUACUGAGAUCAUGUGACAGAUCAUUUGACACUUAGAUUACAGGUUGUAAUGCAACACAAUAGGAAAAACACCAAGGAGGAUGAAUACUUUUGCAAGGCACUGUACUUACAGUGGGGGAAAAAAGUAUUUAGUCAGCCACCAAUUGUGCAAGUUCUCCCACUUAAAAAGAUGAGAGAGGCCUGUAAUUUUCAUCAAAGGUACACGUCAACUAUGACAGACAAAUUGAGAUUUUUUUUCUCCAGAAAAUCACAUUGUAGGAUAUUUUAUGAAUUUAUUUGCAAAUGAUGGUGGAAAAUAAGUAUUUUGUCACCUACAAACAAGCAAGAUUUCUAGCUCUCACAGACCUGUAACUUCUUCUUUAAGAGGCUCCUCUGUCCUCCACUCGUUACCUGUAUUAAUGGCACCUGUUUGAACUUGUUAUCAGUAUAAAAGACACCUGUCCACAACCUCAAACAGUCACACUCCAAACUCCACUAUGGCCAAGACCAAAGAGCUGUCAAAGGACACCAGAAACAAAAUUGUAGACCUGCACCAGGCUGGGAAGACUGAAUCUGCAAUAGGGAAGCAGCUUGGUUUGAAGAAAUCAACUGUGGGAGCAAUUAUUAGGAAAUGGAAGACAUACAAGACCACUGAUAAUCUCCCUCGAUCUGGGACUCCACGCAAGAUCUCACCCCGUGUGGUCAAAAUGAUCACAAGAACGGUGAGCAAAAAUCCCAGAACCACACGGGGGGACCUAGUGAAUGACCUGCAGAGAGCUGGGACCAAAGUAACAAAGCCUACCAUCAGUAACACACUACGCCGCCAGGGACUCAAAUCCUGCAGUGCCAGACGUGUCCCCCUGCUUAAGCCAGUACAUGUCCAGGCCCGUCUGAAGUUUGCUAGAGUGCAUUUGGAUGAUCCAGAAGAGGAUUGGGAUAAUGUCAUAUGGUCAGAUGAAACCAAAAUAUAACUUUUUGGUAAAAGCUCAACUUGUCGUGUUUGGAGGACAAAGAAUGCUGAGUUGCAUCCAAAGAACACCAUACCUACUGUGAAGCAUGGGGGUGGAAACAUCAUGCUUUGGGGCUGUUUUUCUGCAAAGGGACCAGGACGACUGAUCCGUGUAAAGGAAAGAAUGAAUGGGGCCAUGUAUCGUGAGAUUUUGAGUGAAAACCUCCUUCCAUCAGCAAGGGCAUUGAAUAUGAAACAUGGCUGGGUCUUUCAGCAUGACAAUGAUCCCAAACACACUGCCCGGGCAACGAAAGAGUUGCUUCGUAAGAAGCAUUUCAAGUGCCUGGAGUGGCCUAGCCAGUCUCCAGAUCUCAACCCCAUAGAAAAUCUUUGGAGGGAGUUGAAAGUCUGUGUUGCUCAGCGACAGCCCCAAAACAUCACUGCUCUAGAGGAGAUCUGCAUGGAGGAAUGGGCCAAAAUACCAGCAACAGUGUGUGAAAACCUUGUGAAGACUUACAGAAAAUGUUUGACCUGUGUCAUUGCCAACAAAGGGUAUAUAACAAAGUAUUGAGAAACUUUUGUUAUUGACCAAAUACUUAUUUUCCACCAUAAUUUGCAAAUAAAUUCAUUAAAAAUCCUACAAUGUGAUUUUUCAGGAAAUUUUUUUCCUCAAUUUGUCUGUCAUAGUUGACGUGUACCUAUGAUGAAAAUUACAGGCCUCUCUCAUCUUUUUAAGUGGGAGAACUUGCACAAUUGGUGGCUGACUAAAUACAUUUUUUUCCCCACUGUAGGUUGAAAAUGUCAGUGAAGACACUUCCCAGCUGGUCAGCCCAUGCUCUGAGUACACGUCCUGGUAUUCCAUCUGGCCCCACAGCCUUGUGAAUGUUAACCUGUUUAAUGGUCUUACUCAUACAUGCUAUGGAGAGUGAGAUCACACAGUCCUCCGGAACAGCUGGUGCUCUCAUGCAUGGUUCAGUGUUGCUUGCCUCGAAGCGAUUAUUGAAGGCAUUUAGCUCGUCUGGUAGGCUUGCGUCGCUGGGCAGCUCACGGCUGGGUUUCCUUUUGUAAUCCGUGUUAGUUUGCAAGCCCUGACACAUCCGUUGAGCAUCAGAGCCGGCGUAGUGGGAUUCGAUCUUAGUCCUGUAUUGAUCCUUUGCCUUUUUGAUGGCUCGUUCGUAGGUCGUAGCGGGAUUUCUUAUAAUGUCCGGAUUAGUGUCCCGCUCCUUGAAAGCGUCAGCUCUAGCCUUUAGCUCAGUGCGGAUGUUGCCUGUAAUCCAUGUCUUCUGGUUGGGGUAUGCACGUUUGGUCACUGUGGGGACGUCGUUGUCAAUGCACUUAUUGAUGAAGCCAGUGAUCUUUGUGGAUGGUUUGUUCUCUGUAGAGGCAGCUUCACUCACGGCUGUCUCAGCCCAAGGGGUUCAGCCAGAGCCCUAGCAUCUCACUGAAGGCCUGGGAACACAGUUAAAGGAACCGACUAGCGCUCCAUUAACCAGAGAAUGGGAGAAACACUUCAGGCCGUUGCGGAGUUAGCCAGGGGUCGACAUCAGCCCGUUCCAGAGCUAACAGCUUGCCUGGCUACAGAAAUCAGUGAAUGAGCGAGUUGGAGUGAGUUAGGGCCAAAACCAGUAGUUCGGCACUUCAGAAGACUUGAAAGUGAAAUGGGCUCCCUACGAUCUUGGAACACGUGUGUGUGUGUGCACUUCUGUGUGUGUGUGUGCUCGCGUGUGUGUGCAUGUGUAAUGGGGUCGUGAUUUGGCAGAUAUUGAAGUUGGCAGAGACCAACCAAUGCAGUGGUCUUCCAAUGUUGAUUUUAUAAAAAUAGAUUAGCUGAAGUAAGAAUGAGGUUAAGACGGAAACAAACACAAGAAACUCCUAUGGCAUUUUAGAAUUCCUUUUAGAGAGACCCUUAUGUCUUGGCUAUGAUAUGUCUUGGUUAUGAUAUGAAGCUGUGUUUGAGAUUUCUUGAUUGAUUUGAUUAGGAUAACACAGAAAAUUAAUUGACAACACACCUUGAAGGGAGCACAGUAAGAUGAAAAAAAAUAAAACAUGUAUAUAAACCAUACGUGGUCCUUGAGUACCUCAUAUUCCAAGUUUUCUACAGCUGUUUCUACAACUGUUUAGAACUUGAAUAUGGUGUUGAAUGAACAGUGAAAGGAACUUGACUUCUUUCUUUUUUUACACAGUUUUAUUGGUGGAAAAAUAAACGUAUACAUAUUUACAUAUUUCACAUUUCCUUCAACUUGUUGACUGGUGUUUGCAUGUUGAUAAAGUGAUGGUAUGGUGCUUUAAUAGAAUACUACCAUACCACACACAGAGGAAUUGAUAAAGCGAUGGUAUGGUAGUUUAAGCUAGAUAAAUGUUUUUUUGCAUUGGAUGCGAUCUGCCAACUUUUGUCUUUAGCGUCCGAACAGUUUGUGAUACACAGUAAUAUGACCCCUCUGUGGAAAGGUGAGACUCUUGAACACAUACAUGUCAGUUGUUUUGCUCUAGGGCGCCCAUAGGCCUCACAAGACUUGUCUGAAGUUCCUCCGGAACCAGUGGAAAAAAUGAAUGGAAGUACAGUUGAAGUCAGAAGUUUACAUACACUUAGGUUGGAGUCAUUAAAACUCGUUUUUCAACCACUCCACAAAUGUCUUGUUAACAAACUAUAAUUUUGGCAAGUCGGUUAGGACAUCUACUUUGUGCAUGACACAAGUAAUUUUUCCAACAAUUGUUUACAGACAGAUUAUUUCACUUAUAAUUCACUGUAUCACAAUUCCAGUGGGUCAGAGGUUUACAUACACUGAGUUGACUGUGCCUUUAAACAGCUUGGAAAAUCCCAGAAAAUGAUGUCAUGGCUUUAGAAGCUUCUGAUAGGCUAAUUGACAUCAUUUGAGUCAAUUGGAGGUGUACUGUGGAUGUAUUUCAAGGCCUACCUUCAAACUUAGUGCCUCUUUGCUUGAUAUUAUGGGAAACCAAAUGAAAUCAGCCAAGACCUCAGAAAAAAAAGUAGACCUCCACAAGUCUAGUUCAUACAAAUGCCUGAAGGUACGACAUUCAUCUGUACAAACAAUAGUACGCAAGUAUAAACACCAUGGGACCACGCAGCCGUCAUACCGCUCAGGAAGGAGACACUUUGGUGCGUAAAGUGCAAAUCAAUCCCAGAACAACAGCAAAGUACCUUGUGAAGAUGCUGGAGGAAACAGGUACAAAAGUAUCUAUAUCCACAGUAAAACGAGUCCUAUAUUGACAUAACCUGAAAGGCCGCUCAGCAAGGAAGAAGCCACUGCUCCAAAACCGCCAUAAAAAAGCCAGACUACGGUCUGCAACUGCACUUGGGGACGAAGAUCGUACUUUUUGGAGAAAUGGCCUCUGGUCUGAUGAAACCAAAAAUAGAACUGUUUGGCCAUGAUGACCAUCUUUAUGUUUGGAGGAAAAAGGGGGGGCUUGCAAGCCGAAGAACACCAUCCCAAACCGUGAAGCACGGGGGUGGCAGCAUCAUGCUGUGUGGGUGCUUUGCUGCAGGAGGGACUGGUGCACUUCACAGAAUAGAUGUCAUCAUGAGGAAGGAAAAUUAUGUGGAUAUAUUGAAGCAACACCUCAAGACAUCAGUCAGGAAGUUAAAGCUUGGUCGCAAAUCGGUCUUCCAAAUGGACAAUGACCUCAAGCAUACUUCCAAAGUUGUGGCAAAAUGGCUUAAGGACAACAAAGUCAAGGUAUUGGAGUGGCCAUCACAAAGCCCUGAACUCAAUCCUAUAGAACAUUUGUGGGCAGAACUGAAAAAGCGUGUGCGAGCAAGGAGGCCUACAAACCUGACUAAGUUACACCAGCUCUGUCAGGAGGAAUGGGCUAAAAUUCACCCAACUUAUUGUGGGAAUCUCGUGGAAGGCUACCUGAAACGUUUGAACCUAGUUAAACAAUUUACAGGCAAUGCUACCAAAUACUAAUUGAGUGUAUGUACACUUCUGGCCCACUGGGAAUGUGAUGAAAGAAAUAAAAGCUGAAAUAAAUCAUUCUCUCUACUUUUAUUCUGACAUUUCACAUUCUUAAAAUAAAGUGGUGAUCCUAACAGGAAUUUUAACUAGGAUUAAAUGUCAAGAAUUGUGAAAAACUGAGUUUAAAUGUAUUUGGCUAAGGUGUAUGUAAUCUACCGACUUCAACUGUAUAUAUGGAGAAUGUUUAGUGCCAAAAAUAAGGGGUUAAAUACAUAAAUGCAGUGAGGGAAAAAAGUAUUUGAUCCCCUGCUGAUUUUGUAUGUCUGCCCACUGACAAAGACAUGAUCAGUCUAUAAUUUUAAUGAUAGGUUUAUUUGAACAGUGAGAGACAGAAUAACAACAAAAACAUCCAGAAAAACACAUGUCAAAAAUGUUAUGAAUUGAUUUGCAUUUUAAUGAGGGAAAUAAGUAUUUGACCCCUCUGCAAAACAUGACUUAGUACUUGGUGGCAAAACCCUUGUUGGCAAUCACAGAGGUCAGACAUUUCUUGUAGUUGGCCACCAGGUUUGCACACAUCUUAGGAGGAUUUUGUCCCACUCCUCUUUGCAGAUCUUCUCCAAGUCAUUAAGGUUUCGAGGCUGAUGUUUGGCAACUCGAACCUUCAGCUUCCUCCACAUAUUUUCUAUGGGAUUAAGGUCUGGAGACUGGCUAGGCCACUCCAGGACCUUAAUGUGCUUCUUCUUGAGCCACUCCUGUGUUGCCUUGGCCGUGUGUUUUGGGUCAUUGUCAUGCUGGAAUACCCAUCCACGACCCAUUUUCAAUGCCCUGGCUGAGGGAAGGAGGUUCUCACCCAAGAUUUGACGGUACAUGGCCCCAUCCAUCGUCCCUUUGAUGCGGUGAAGUUGUCCCCCAAAGGAUAAUGUUUCCACCUACAUGUUUGACGGUGGGGAUGGUGUUCUUCGGGUCAUAGGCAGCAUUCCUCCUCCUCCAAACACGGCGAGUUGAGUUGAGCAGGGAUUUUGGCCCACUCCUCCAUACAGACCUUCUCCAGAUCCUUCAGGUUUCGAGGCUGUCGCUGGGCAAUACGGACUUUCAGCUCCCUCCAAAGAUGUUCUAUUGGGUUCAGGUCUGGAGACUGGCUAGGCCACUCCAGGACCUUGAGAUGCUUCUUACAGAGCCACUCCUUAGUUGCCCUGGCUGUGGGUCAUUGUCAUGCUGGAAGACCCAGCCACGACCCAUCUUCAAUGCUCUUACUGAGGGAAGGAGGUUGUUGGCCAAGAUCUCGCGAUACAUGGCCCCAUCCAUCCUCCCCUCAAUACGGUGCAGUUGUCCUGUCCCCUUUGCAGAAAAGCAUCCCAAAAGAAUGAUGUUUCCACCUCCAUGCUUCACGGUUGGGAUGGUGUUCUUGGAGUUGUACUCAUCCUUCUUCUUCCUCCAAACACGGCGAGUAGAAUUUAGACCAAAAAGCUCUAUUUUUGUCUCAUCAGACCACAUGACCUUCUCCCAUUCCUCCUCUGGAUCAUCCAGAUGGUCAUUGGCUAACUUCAGACGGGCCUGGACAUGCGCUGGCUUGAGCAGGGCGACCUUGCGUGCGCUGCAAGAUUUUAAUCCAUCACAGCGUAGUGUGUUACUAAUGGUUUUCUUUGAGACUGUGGUCCCAGCUCUCUUCAGGUCAUUGACCAGGUCCUGCCGUGUAGUUCUGGGCUGAUCGCUCACCUUCCUCAUGAUCAUUGAUGCCCCACGAGGUGAGAUCUUGCAUGGAGCCCCAGACCGAGGGUGAUUGACCGUCAUCUUGAACUUCUUCCAUUUUCUAAUAAUUGCGCCAACAGUUUUGCCUUCUCACCAAGCUGUUUGCCUAUUGUCCUGUAGCCCAUCCCAGCCUUGUGCAGGUCUACAAUUUCAUCCCUGAUGUCCUUACACAGCUCUCUGGUCUUGGCCAUUGUGGAGAGGUUGGAGUCUGUUUGAUUGAGUGUGUGGACAGGUGUCUUUUAUACAGGUAAACGAGUUCAAACAGUUGCACUUAAUACAGUUAAUGAGUGGAGAACAGGAGGGCUUCUUAAAGAAAAACUAACAGGUCUGUGAGAGCCGGAAUUCUUACUGGUUGGUAGGUGAUCAAAUGCUUAUGUCAUGCAAUAAAACGCAAAUUAAUUACUUAAAAAUCAUACAAUGUGAUUUUCUGGAUUUUUGUUUUAGAUUCCGUCUCACAGUUGAAGUGUACCUAUGAUAAAAAUUACAGACCUGUACAUGCUUUGUAAGUAGGCAAACCUGCAAAAUCGGCAGUGUAACAAAUACUUGUUCUCCCCACUGUAUAUAUAUAUACACUACCGUUCAAAAGUUUAAGUCACUUAGAAAUGACCUUGUUUUCGAAGUAAAAGCAAUUUGUUUGUCCAUUAAAAUAACAUCAAAUUGAUCAGAAAUACAGUGUAGACAUUGUUAAUGUUGUAAAUGGCUAUUGUAGCUGAGAAACGGCUGAUUUUUAAUGGAAUAUCUACAUAGGUGUACAGAGGCCCAUUAUCAGCAACCAUCAGUCCUGUGUUCCAAUGGCACGUUGUGUUUGCUAAUCCAAGUUUAUCAUUUUAAAAGGCUAAUUGAUCAUUAGAAAAACCCUUUUGCAAUUAUGUUAGCACAUCUGAAAAAUGUUGUGCUGAUUAAAGAAGCAAUAAACUGGCCUUCUUGAGACUAGUUGGAACACAGGACUGAUGGUUGCUGAUAAUGGGCCUCUGUACGCCUAUGUAGAUAUUCCAUAAAAAAUCAGCCGUUUCCAGCUACAAUAGGAAUAGGUAAAUGAUCCUUGGUAUGACCUUCUUAAAACAAUUCCAUAUAGCUUAGGAGAACACCCUCGCCUUGCAGGGUUUUAGCCAAGAGCUGACGUGGCAAUGUUUAUUAUUUGUUUCUCCUGCCCUGUCUUUUAAAGGGUACUGUUUUUUUUUCAGGCACUAGGGAACAGCCUACUACGGUUAGGACCACCAAAACAAACAACCCCUGUCUGGUAAUCACCUCUCAUUUGUCCUGAAGCAAGAUGGAAAUUAUAGUAUUUUGUGCAGACUUGUGAAACUGCCAGGGUAAAUGUUGCAUUGGACGUGACUUGUUUUGAGCCGUAUCGACUUCUGAAAUACGACAAAAUGGGUCUGGAGAGAGGCAGUUAAGUUUUUUAUCUUGCAAUCAAAAUCAGUCUGGCUGUAUGUCCAGACCGCAUCUGUCGACUAAUGUGGCAACAAGAGAACACAACUGGUCUGAGAACUGGGAGUGCUAAUAAUAGUUUUUAUUUUGAAUCGACACCAGAGUACAGUACGAACCUGGAGAAAACACUGGCCUUAGUGUCUGCCCUGCAUUUAAAUACUUAUUUGUUGGACAUGGUUAACACUUCAGGGAAGGGGUCACUACGUAUACAUUUAGCGCUUAGUAGAGACUAUUAGGUGUCAUCAGGUCAGAAAUGAAUUAGCAGCAAGGUAAGCAGUUUCUUAAUCAUGUACUUUACAUACAUACCAAAUUCUGUAAACAAAGGAAGUAUUUAUGUGCCUAAUAACUGGCCAGUUCUGACAUCUGCUCUGAAUUCCAGUAUUGUCAUGUGUUGUUUGGAGUGAAGAGAAAAUUCGGCAACUCUUGGAGGACGGUGAAGGUUGAUAAAAGUGCUUCUUUAUUGUUACAAUAGAGAAGCACUUUUAUCAACUUCCACUGUCCAGCAAGAGUUUCUGAAUUUCCUCUUUAUUUCAGUUUGCUCCUCAAUUCAUGCAUUGGUUGGAAAGCAAAGGAGCGGCAGUGUUCCCUUCCAUUAGUUUUGUUUUGUUGUUUGAAAAUUCAGGGGCACAUGCACUGACAUGGGACUCGAGAACGAUUGUUCCGUUGCCAGAACCAUGUUGUCCCCUGGUAAAGUACUUGAGGGCUUACUAUGUACUGGACCCUGUCCUACUCAAUUGAUCAUAUCAACCAAAUUCAAUGAUUGAUUAGGAGAAAGUCAGUGCAUGGAAACAACCCAACAAACAGGCUGUGUCCCAAAUGGCACCCUAUUCCCUACGUACUGUAGUGCACUCCUUUUGACCAGAGCCCUAUGGGCCUUGGUCAAAAGUAGUGCACUAAAUAGGGAAAAGGGUGCAAUUUGGGAUGUAGACACAGUCUUUAAAGACACACUAAUCGAACUGUUUUCCAGUUCCCUACGCUGUGGGUAUGCAAACUGAGCCUGAAGUUCUUUACUCCCUGUGCUCAAAUCGUAAGCUAAACAGUACCAGACGUGAAACAUCGGUGAAGGAUCUCGGAGCUAAACUGUCUUCAUAUUCUCCUGUGCGUUUGUUGCUCGUGGCAUCGCGCUCCCUGGAAAGGCCAGUACAAAUUGAUUUCAGACAGCGCUAUUGAAAAGCAUUGUGCAUAAUACUCCAUCCCGAAGGGUCUGUCCCUGACUGUAUUAAAAUGGUUAGACAAUUGAAUAGUUUGAUGUGCACUGUGUUGUGACCCAGAUUUAAAGUAUAAGGCCUCCUUCAUUUAGUUUGUUUGGGACAUUGAGAGGAUGCACACACACACACACACACACACACACACACACACAGAGACGUGUCUGUUUGGGAUGGGGAGAUGGAGUAGUAUUACUGGGAUGAAGAGACGCAAACACACAUUUUGUCUGUUUGGGAUGUUGUCAUGGAGUUGUAACUGUAAAGGGCAUGGACGAAAGAAAAAAACCUGGCUUGCAGUGUUAAGUGCAUAGCAAGUCAUUUAUUAAACCAUUUUAUCCAAAGCACUUACAGUUAACACAACGGAUAUAGUGAAGCGUAAAUGCACUUAAAGUGCUGUUUACGCACAUUAUUAUCUGGUGAAUAGUGAAAACACCUAUUAUGCUAUAUUAGCAUUAACAUUUACAGUAUGUUGAUGCAUCGCUCUCCAUCUCCACUUUUAGGUCCGGUUUCCUGGACAGAGAUUAAGGCUAGUCCUGGACUAAAAAGGUUAAUGGAGCGUAAUGGAGAAUUUCUAUUGAAAGUGCGUUCUAGUCCAGGACUAGGAUUUAUCUGUGUCCGGGAAACUGCCCCUUAUGGAAAACCCAUGUUUCUUUAGCACUACAUCCCUGGUUAACACGAUGUGGUCCAUGUAGCACUCUAACCUAUGACUCUGCAGUUGCAAUCACUAUGCUCCAACCAACUGAGAACCAUUAUUAAGUACUUUUGUGUACAUGGAUUAUUUUCUCUGUGUUUUCUUCAUGUGUUUUCCCUCUCUUUUUGUCACUGUUCAGGAGCAAGAGGACCCCAACAAGCUGGCCACAAGCUGGCCCGACUACUACAUCGACCGCAUCAACUCCAUGGCUGCUGUAAGUGACAACUUUAAAGGGAUACUUCAGGAUUUUGCCAAUUAAAUACUGUAUCUACUUCCCCAGAAUCAGAUGAACUCAUGGAUACCAUUGUUAUGUCUCUGCAUCCAGUAUGAAGGAAGUUAGAGGUUGUUUCACAAGCCAACACUAAUUAGCGUAAGCGCAAUGACUGGGAGUCUAUGGUAUCUACUAGCAUGCUAACAGUUACUACAGACAUCCAGUCAUUGUGAUAAAGCUAAUUAGCAAUUGCACUAACGCUAGUUAGUAACUUCCUUCAAACUAUACGCAGAGACAUAAAAAUGGCAUCCACGAGUUCAUCUGAGUCUGGGGAAGUACAUAAAGGGCUUCAUUGACAAAAUCCUGAAGUAUCCCUUUAACUUUCUCUCUCUAACCCUCAUUUCUCCUUAUGUUUUCUACCUGUGCCUCUGUAACCGGUGUGAAAUGGCUAGCUAGUUAGCGGUGCGCGCUAGUAGCGUUUCAAUCGGUGAUGUCGCUCGCUCUGAGACCUUGAAGUAGUUGUUUCCCUUGCUCUGCAAGGGCCGCGGCUUUUGUGGAGCGAUGGGUAACGAUGCUUCGAGGGUGACUGUUGUCGAUGUGUGCAGAGGGUCCCUGGUUCAAGCCCAGGUAGGGGCGAGGAGAGGGACGGAAGCAACAUUGUUACACCUCCCUCCUUUUUAUUUCCCGCUCUUUAUUUCUGGAUGCCAACUAACAUGCUAAUGAUACAUAUUCAAGUCACAAUCUUGCAAGUCCUAAGCAAGUCUCAAGUCUUUACCUAUGAGUCAAGUCCCAAGUAAUAAUGGUCAAGUCUCAAGUAAAGUUCCAACGCCCACAGCUCAGGUCAUGUUCAAGUCACGUCUCUAAAUUUGGGUUUCGAGUCCUCAAGUCAAUGUUUAAGUGUUUUAUGACAAUUUCAAUGCAAUUUUCUAUUUUCAUUGCAAGCUAAUUAGUUCAAGAACAUUACCUCAUUUUAGCUAGCUAGCUCAAACAGCACAGCAAUAAUUUAAUUAUUACCUCUCUUUAUGGGACUUCACAUGUCUGACUCAUGUCUAAGCUAUUUCAUCUAACAUAUCCAGGGAAUGCAUGAUUGAUAUUUGAUGUGCAACCUGUCAAAACAGGAUCCAGAAUUAUCAGAUUUCCUUUUGGCUCUUCAGAGAUGCAUUUGCCAACAUCUUUGUGCAUAUUGGCCUAGACUAUAUUAUUAGGAAGUGGGAAACACUUAGCUAAAUUGCUAAAUCUAAAUAUGAUCUUGUUGCUAGAUAGCCAUGUAGGCUAAUUGAUUAAUCUAUCAGUAAAUGUAAUGUCCUACAAAAACUUUCCAGCACUAGGCCUAGGCAAGGCUACUUGAUGUAAGCCUAUUCACCGCAAAUGGUGUGCCGCUCUGCGGGCACAUCAAAAUCAUACUACAGUUACUACAGCCUACUCCGGUUAUAAAGUGGUGCCAUAAACUCAAUAUUAAGAGGUGAGAAAUACAUUUACAUUUACAUUUUAGUCAUUUAGCAGACGCUCUUAUCCAGAGCGACUUACAGGAGCAAUUAGGGUUAAGUGCCUUGCUUAAGGGCACAUCGACAGAUUUUUCACCUAGUCGGCUCGGGGAUUAGAACCAGCGACCUUUCGGUUACUGGCACAACGCUCUUACCCACUAAGCUACCUGCCGCCCUGUGAUAUACUCACAGAAAGCUGUGACCCACCUCUCUGUAACUAGAACAACAGUAGUUGCUUUGAAAACGGUCUUUAUCACAUAAUAAUUUGUAUGGACUUACUCUUGUGCAAUAAUAGUGUUUAAGAUGAUUUUGGAAUGACUACCUCAUUUCUGUACCCCACACAUACAAUUAUCUGUAAGCAGUGGCGACCUGUCAUUCAGGGCAGGUGGGGCUUUUGAGCACCACAUUUGUUGCCUGUUUUGCAUGUUAUUUUGGCAUUAAUACGUGUCACAUAUCAGUAUGCAAACAAUGUAAAAAAAAAUUUAAUAAAUCAUUGAGUUAAUAAAGCCGAAUUACUUUUUUGAGUAAGGCAGCUCCAAAAUGCAGGUGUUUCAGCCUAGCUCAGUUUUUUCUGUGGGGCAGCCAGUGGAAAAUACGGAGUGUAGGGGUUGGUAAUGUUCUCUACUUGCGCUGUGAUUGGUUCAGUGUUCUGUCACUCAUGGGGACACUACAUCACUGCCAAAUGUAAGGGUAGAGCUCGAAAAUUCAUGCCCCUUGGGUGCUGCCAUAGAGUUACAUUAGAAGUACCCAAUCGAAGAAGGCUCAAGGUCAUUGGCCACAGAUAAGAUGAUGUCAAAUCAUGUUAUAUCUACAGUAGCUUUGAUUGGACUGAUCAUGUCAACAUACUUUCAAAAUCUUAGCUAGCAGUCAUCAUCAUGAAUCAAGUGGACAAUCUACUGGCAAAUCCUUUUUAAAUAAUCCUUGUCAUAUGAAGAGAAAUAAUGAAGAUAAAUUAUAGAUAAAAUGUAUCGGUGCUCAUCGCCCAUUGGACAUAAACAUGACACAACAAAUUGGAAAUCGUAAAUUCAACAAUGGGUGGUUUGGAAGGAAUCAGUGGCUAACUGCAAGCAUUGCAAAGCAGUCACUAGCCUGCUAUUCAGUGGAGUGGGUGUGUGGUCCCAAUUCUGGGUUUAAGGGUCUCUUUUCCAAGCUUAAAAUGAUAAACUUGGUGUACAGGGAGAACACUGUAAGAACGGCCCAUGUAUUGAAUUCUGUCGCUGUACAUUUCAAAAGUGCUGAACAAAUAGUUAUAUUGACUACGUCCGUCCUAGCUCGCUCAUUAAUGUCUUAAUCAAAAUUACGGAUUGCCUCAUAUCCGCUUGUCGUCCCCUUAUGCCAUAGUUUUUACAAACAGCUAUGUUUUUUUUAAAGGCAAUAAAUGAGGCUGAUUGAACUGUUUCACUGCCAGACAAGGCUCCGCUGAUAGCCAUGUGUAGCAGUGGUAAGGUGUUGGGACUGCUGUUGGGACAGCUUUAUGCAUGCCCUAACAGUUUGUGGGCACAGUUUGUAGUGCAAUUAAUGUAUUGUUUAGUGUUGUGUUGUGUAGUGGCUUUGCUGGCAUGCAUCCCAAAUGUUUUUGUUUUGUUUGCCCCACCAAGAUGUACAUGCUAAAAUCGCCACUGUCUGUAAGGUCCCUCAGUGAAUUUCAAAUACAGAUUCAACCACAAACACCAGGGAGGUUUUUCAAUGGCACGCAAAGACGGGCACCUAAUGGUAGAUGAAAAACAUUUUUGAAACAGACAUUGAAUUCCCUUUGAGCAUGGUGAAGUUAUUCAUUACACUUUGGAUGGUGUGUCAAUACACCCAGUCACUACAAAGAUACAGGCAUCCUUCCUAAUUCAGUUGCGGGAGAGGAAUGAAACUGCUCAGGGAUUUCACAAUGAGGCCAAUGGUGACUUUAAAACAGUUACAGUGUUUAAGGACUGUGAUAGGAGAAAACUGAGGAUGGAUCAACAACAUUGUAGUUAGUCCACAAUACUAACCUAAUUGACAGAGUAAAAAGGAAGCCUGUACAGAAUACAAAUAUUACAAAACAUGCAUCCUGUUUGCAACAAGGCACUAAAGUAAUACUGCAAAAAAGGGAGUGAGUGGUUCGCUCACACAGCAGCCGAACAGGGACAGGCAGAUACUUUCAAAGCAGGAAUCAACAUAAUGCAUAGGCUGUUACUGUUGACCUUAAUAGUGGUUUAGAACACAAAAUGUGAGGGUGUGUUGUAAAAUCACAGAAAAUUACCAACCUAGGCUUAAUGCUGCAAGAGGAGAGGAAAUGAGAGGAUGAGAGGAAGGAUGGGAUGGGGAAAUCCAAACAAUUCAGCUCAGUGUUUCCCCUUACUUACAUUUUUCCCGGCGGGGCACAAAGGCCUCCAAAGCAACUGGCUUUAAACUACGUAGGAAGGAGGAAGGCCGUCGCACCUAUUCCAUGGUAAGAGAACCACUGUAAUGACGAAUGAAGCUGGGAGAGAUCAAGGUCACUGGUGGAUAUGAUAUAGAGAUGUCAGUGCAACCUCAGUGACUGGCAGCUUUGUGUCACUGCCCCUUGACCCCUGACUGGACUUUAUGCAAACUGGAAACCACAUAUCCUGAUGAUGCAUUUAUUGUAGCUGCAGAUUUUAACAAAGCAAAUUUGAGGAAAAGGUUGCCGAAAGUUCUAUCAACACAUUGACUGUAGUGCUCGCGCUGCUAAAACACUCGACCACUGCUACUCCAACUUCCAGGAUGCAUACAAGGCCCUCUCUUCGGAAAAUCUGACCACGACUCCAUUUUGCUCGUCCCUUCCUAUAGGCAGAAACUCAAACAGGAAGUACCCGUGCUAAACACUAUUCAACGCUGGUCUGACCAAUCGGAAUCCAUGAUUCAAGAUUGUUUUGAUCACGCGGACUGGGAUAUGUUCCUGGGAGCUUCAGAGAAUAAUAUCGACGUAUAUACUGAUACGGUGACUGAGUUUAUCAGGAAGUGUAUAGGAGAUGUUGUACCCACUGUGACUAUUAUAACCUACCCUAACCAGAAACCGUGGAUAGAUGGCAGCAUUUGCACAAAACUGAAAGCGUGAAUCACCGCAUUUAACCAUGGCAAGGUGACUGGGAAUAUGGCAGAAUGCAAACAGUGUAGGCAAUCAAACAGGCAAAACGUCAGUAUAGGGACAAAGUGGAGUAGCAAUUCAAUGGCUCAGACACGAGAAGUAUGUGGCAGGGUCUACAGACAAUUACUGACUACAAAAGGAAAACCAGCCACAUCGCUUCCGGACAAGCUAAACACCUUCUUCACCCGCUUUGAGGAUAAUACAGUGCCACCGACGCGACCCGCUACCAAGGACUGUGGGCUCUCCUUAUCCGUGGCCAACGUGAGUAAGACAUUUAAGCGUGUUAACCCUCGCAAAGCUGCCGGCGCAGAUGGCAUCCUUAGCCGCGUCCUCAGAGCAUGCGCAGACCAGCUGGCUGGUGUGUUUACGGACAUAUUCAAUCUCUCCCCAUCCCAGUCUGCUGUCCCCACAUGCUUCAAGAUGGCCACCAUUGUCCCUGUACCCAAGAAAGUAAAGGUAACUGAACUAAAUGACUAUCGCCCCGUAGUACUCGCUUCUGUCAUCAUGAAGUGCUUUGAGAGACUAGUCAAGGAUCAUAUCACCUCUUCCUUACCUGCCACCCUAGACCCACUUCAAUUUGCUUAUCGCCCCAAUAGAUCCACAGAUGAUGCAAUCGCCAUCACACUGCACACUGCCCUAUCCCAUCUGGACAAGAGGAAUACAUAUGUAAGAAUGCUGUUCAUUGACUAUAGCUCAGCAUUCAACACCAUAGUACCCUCCAAGCUCAUCAUUAAGCUUGAGGCCCUGGGUCUGAAUCCCGCCCUGUGUAACCGGGUCCUGGACUUCCUGACGGGCCGACCCGUGGAGAAUUCAAUAGCCACCAAGCACCAACUCAAAAUGGUAGCUAGCGCCCAGUUCUGACAAGCCACAUUGAGUGUCUCUAACCUGUACCUCAGAGUUCUCCUAUGGAGUUGAGAGGGUUUCUGUUUGGCUAGCAUGUCUAGCUGGGUGUGGGUUGGGUUGUCUUGCGAGCUAGUGCCUCUGGUUAGAAUUAGCAUGUGUGUGGUAUGACUGGCUAACGGUUAGUAAGCGCUAGUAUAAAAACGUAGUUGUCUGGACAUUUUCGUAGUUCUGGAGAGCCACAGGGGGUGCAGGCUCUUGUUCAAGCCGAGCACUAACAAACAGACUUCAACUAUUUGUUUUGCUUGAUUGGUACAAGAGCCAGCUCAUACUGUAGCCCUCCAGGACCAGGGUUGGCGACCAUUGUAUGAAAAUACAUCUGGUUUUAGGCUAGCAUUUACAUAGUGUCUGGCUGGCUAGAUUCUAGGCCUGAAAUAGUGUGCAGAAGGGUAAGGUACUGUGUCUGGCCACAGGUUAGCACUAGCACACAAAUACCAGAUGUAUUUGGAAGUUAGCAUUUUGGCUAGUAGGUUUGACACGUGAACUGGCUCACUGCACGAGCAAAAAGAUCCUCCUCUCUCCGAAUCCUCUGUCCAACUUCCUAUUGAGAAUGAAAAUACUCAUUUGGAGAAACAGGAGCCAGAGACAUGACUGCUUGGCAAGGGCCUCGGAACCAUCUGGACAAGGCUAAGCCGGCCCGAUGGAUGUUAUGACUGAAACAUCUGUAGGUUACACACACGCGUGCACACAGGAACAGAAGUAGAUAUGGACGUACUUUAGUGGCCCAAAAAAGGGUUAGAUAUGGGUAAAAAAUAUAUGUAUCCUGAUUUUUUUGAUAUCUCUCAGAUAUAGGACAGACACUUCAAAACAUACAUGUACUUCCUUUUGGUAAAUUUUUUGACUUUUUUGCUACAUAUUUUAAUAUGUUAUUCAAUGCGUUUCUAUGGUCUAAUGGCAGUAAGGCCAAAUUCAAUGUUUCAUCAAAAAAAAAAAAAAAAUAUAUAUAUAUAUAUAUAUAUAUAUAUAUAUAUAUAUAUAUUUAUUUAUUUAUUUCUGGGAUGCUUACAAGGGUCCUAAAAUUCAAAAUCAAAUAGCUAAAGGAUCCUUAGUAUGCCCAUCUUAAAACAAUUCCAUAUGUUAGUUUAGUUCAGGUGCCAACAUCAUGCUGUCAGAAACGACAUUGGAAUCAACCCAAGAUGAUGAACCCUAAAGAUGGGACAAAGUGCAUGACAAGGUGGCCCAGAGGAAGCCAAGUGUUCUCAACUUCUACAUUGCCCCAUUCUACCAAGAGCUCACUGAGUUUGAAUGAAGAAUACCUAUAGUGAGGAUGACAAGCUAACAAAUUGGAAUCGAGGAGGAUUGUUACAGCGCCCCAUGAGGAACCCAAUCCCAAUUUUAACUUCCUCUCUCUCUUUGUCUCGCUCUACCCUACACCCAACACACACAGGCAUACAAUAUAGAUUUAGAUUUAAGUCCCCUGUAGCUCAGUUGGUAGAGCAUGGCACUUGCAACGCCAGGGUUGUGGGUUCGUUUCCCACGGGGGGCCAGUAUGAAAAUGUAUGCACUCACUAACUGUAAGUCGCUCUGGAUAAGAGCGUCUGCUAAAUGACAUAAAAUGUAAUGUAAAUGUAGUAGAAACCCAGCUCCGGGCCCUUAGACCUUAAGGGACUUUUUGGCAUAGUCGUAUAGCCGCUUCAAACGCGUUACGCCUCUGUAAUAGGAAAAUAGCAGGAAAAUGGAGAAGAUGUGAUCUGUUUGAUUUGCGGUGCCUAAAACAGAGACAGUACCCCAUAAUGAGCACAGAUAUUGGUGAGCAAUGUUUUUAUACAGAGCUUUUCUGGUGUUAUGGAUGACUGAGAGAUCUACACAUAUACUUACUAUACCAUGGCAUUGUUGAAUACUCCUUUCUGAUUGGCUUGAAGGACAUUCUAGUGUGCAUUAUUUCCCUAUAACGCACAGUAUAUUUGCACGGUAGAAUUCAAUGGCUAUAGUUCAUUUUUGCAAGUUUUGUUUGAGCUGCUUUUGAAAGCAACAUUAUUGGUAUUGUUGAAUUUGAUUUUCAUAAUAGCAAGCUAGGACUGAUGGUUUUGUUAGCUUAACUAACAAGUAUGUUUGUUUGGUUACCACGGCAACCACUCUAGCUAUCUAAUAAACUUGCUACUUACUUCAGUGGAUGUUGAACACAUUUCUACCGGCAAAUGUACACAUUUCUAGUGGCAAAUGUGUAAAAUUAUAGCCAUGGUAUGAAAGGGAUAAUCAACUCGGGGCUCUAUGCGUCUCUGGAACAUAAUGCAACUCAGCUAACGCAUCGUGGAACACACCUUCCACGUCGUUCAUAAUUUUCCAUAGAAUGAAUAGCCCCUCGUUGAUUAUCCCUUACACACAGCAACAGCACAAUGUGGAGCUCUCUUUGUACACAAUCAGUCCUGGAUUCAAAUACUAUUCCAAAUAUACUAACCACUUUCACAUACAGUACCAGUCAAAAGUUUGGACACACCUACUCAUUCCAGGGUUUUUCUUUAAUUUGACUAUUUUCUACAUUGUAGAAUAAUAGUGAAGACAUCAAAACUAUGAAAUAACCCAUAUGGAAUCAUGUAGUAACCAAAAAAGUGUUAAACAAAUCAAAAAAUAUGUUAUAUUUGAGAUUCUUCAAAUGGCCACCCUUUGCUUUGAUGACAGCUUUGCACACUCUUGGCAUUCUGUCAACCAGCUUUAUGAGGUAGUCACCUGGAAUGCAUUUCAAUUAACAGGUGUGCUUUCUUAAAAGUUAAAAUGUGGAAUUUAUUUCCUUCUUAUUGCGUUUGAGCCAAUCAGUUUUAUUGUGACAAGGUAGGGGGGGUACACAGAAGAUUGCCCUAUUUGGUAAAAGACCAAGUCCAUAUUAUGGCAAGAACAGCUCAAUUAAGCAAAGAGAAAUGACAGUCCAUCAUUACUUUAAGACACGAAGGUCAGCCAAUACAGAAAAUCUCAGGAACUUUGAAAGUUUCUUCAAGCGCAGUUGCAAAAACCAUCAAGCGCUAGGAUGAAACUGGCUCUCAUGAGGACCGCCACAGGAAUGGAAGACCCAGAGUUACCUCUGCUGCAGAGUAUAAGUUCAUUAGAGCCUCAGAAAUUGCAGCCAAAAUAAAUGCUUCACAGAGUUCAAGUAACAGACACAUCUCAAAAUCAACUGUUCAGAGGGGACUGUUGAAAUGAGGCCUUCAUGGUCGAAUUGCUGCAAAGAAACCACUACUAAAGUACACCAAUAAGAAGAAGAGACCUGCUUGGGAAAAGAAACACAUGCAAUGGACAUUAGACCGGUGGUAAUCUGUCCCUUGGUCUGGAGUCCAAAUUUGAUAUUUUUGGUUCCAACUGCCGUGUCUUUGUAAGACACGGUGUGGGUGAACGGAUGAUCUCCGCAUGUCUAUUUCCCACCGUAAAGCAUGGAGGAGGAGGUGUUAUGGUGUGGGGGUGCUUUGCUGGUGACACUGUCUGUGAUUUUAUUGAGAAUUCAAGGCACACUUAACCAGCAUGGCUACCACAGCUUUCUGCAGCGACACGCCAUCCCAUCUGAUUUGGGCUUAGUGGGACUAUCAUUUGUUUUUCAACAGGACAAUGACCCAACACACCUCCAGGCUGUGUAAGGGCUAUUUUACCAAGAAGGAGAGUGAUGGAGUGCUACAUCAGAUGACCUGGCCUCCACAAUCCCCCGACCUCAACCCAAUUAAGAUGGUUUGGGAUGAGUCGGACCGCAGAGUGGAGGAAAAGCAGCCAACAAGUGCUCAGAAUAGGUGGGAACUCCUUCAAGACUGUUGGAAAAAGCAUUCCAAGGUGAAGCUGGUUGAGAGAAUGCCAAGAGUGUGUAAAGCUGUCAUUACGGCAAAGGGUGGCUAUUUGAAGAAUCUCAAAUAUAAAAUAUAUUUUGAUUUGUUUAACACUUUUUUGUUUACUACAUGAUGAUAUUCUACAAUGUAAAAAAAAUUAGUAAAAAUUAAGAAAAACUGUUGAAUGAGUAGGUGUGUACAAACUUUUGACUCGUAGUGUACAUUCAAAGCAAGUAUUCAGACAUCGUCCACUUGAAAAUACAAGUAGUUAAACACUUCAAUGUACCUGGAAAUACACAUGGAAAUACAUUUUAAAUAUCCAAGUAUACUGACUAAAAUACAUUCUUAUCCAUUCAACCCAGGCAUCCGAAAAUGAUACUUGAAACAAGCAUGCGAAAAUCCUGUCAAAUACAACUUGGCAGACCACCUGGCCUUCACUCAAACAAAAACACCUGUUUUGGGCUGUGCAAUUGAAAAUACUCAAAUAAACAGAAAAAGUAUUUCAAAUACCAGAUACUCAAAUACACAUGCAUUUGAACCCUGGUCUGCACACAAUCUAGCUUGGUCGCCCCACCCCACCAACCGAAAGUCAAACUUAAUGGAGAACUCCAAUGAUAAACUGAUAUUGUGUUCCUUAUUGUGCAGUUGUGAUAAAGAUAAUUCUGACACCCUUCAAUUAAGCCAGAAUCAAAGGUUCUCCUUUAAAAUACUGUUAUCAUCGUUUUUUCUGCUGUGUCAUGGGGUUUGUUUUGUCAUUGUGCAGAUGCAGACCCUGUUCGCCUUUGACGAGGAGGAGAUGGAGAUGAGGAACAAAGUGGUGGAGGACCUGAAAACAGCGCUUCGGACUCAGCCAAUGAGGUAGGGAUUUGAACCACAGCCGGCAUACAUUCAGUCAAUAACAGCUAUUCAUCCUCAUCUUACACCUAUCUACUUUAGGAUGACACUCUUGUUACUCACCACACUCUAUGGUCAAGUUAAAUGGCUCCAUCACAAUGUCUCUCCAUAAGAGAGCACUGUGUCACAAGGUAGGUCUAUCCACUUCAUUACUUACAGUAUAUACUGUAUAUGGGAUCAUUUUCAUCACUAGAAAAGCUUUCACUCUCUUUAUUAGGCAGUGCAAUUCCCCUCUCCUCUGUUUGACACAUUCAGCAGCAGCUUUGAGAUCUCAUUGAUCAACCACAAAGAAACAUGUGAGGAGGUUUAGACAGCCCAGCCAAUAUAAAAUCUCCCACCAUCAGGAGCAUGUCCGUCUGUCUGUGCCAGUUGUGUGAUGUAAUGGUCUGGACCGAGAUGGGGGGUGUUGAGUUUUCUCCCAGGGGCCAGUGCAGCGUCAGCCUUAAGUGUGGAGUGACAUAUGCCCACGAGGACCACGGUGUCUGGGUCACGUCUGGGUUUGUGUGUGUGUGUGUGUGUGUGUGUGUGUGUGUGUGUGUGUGUGUGUGUGUGUGUGUGUGUGUGUGUGUCAUGUUGAGGUGGACAGGGUGAUUGGCACUAGCCUUAUUGCUCCUGACCACCUUUGGCUAGUAGUCUUUCAUUUUGUUAGAACAAAGUAACAUAAAACAGAACCACAGCGCUAAUACUUAUGAGGAUGUUAAGGAGGCAAGAAGUAUGAAAGUUCAUUUGUGAGCAGGAUGAGGAAUGCACAAAUGUAGGCUAAGAUAUCCUAUAAUAUGAAUUUCCACAAAUAGCUCUAAGAUUGUUUUAGCCUCACAAUCGUACAUUACAAGAAACCAGCUGUAUUCCCUUAGUUUCAUUUCUAGAGCAACUCCAAACAGGGUUAAAAAACACCAGAAAAACUGAAAUAUUUACCUGACUAUUCUUGUCAAUAGCUAUAUGACAUCUACUCUAUAAUGUUCACAAUACCAAUUCUGUUGGAGUGAGUACAUCGUUCUGUUUUCCACUCUUCCUCUUCAAAGUACCUAGUAUUCAGACCCCUUGACUUUUUCCACAUUUUGUUAUGUUAUAGCCUUAUUCUAAAAUGGAUUAAAUAGUUUUUUCCCCUCAUCAAUCUAAACACAUUUACAUUUUAGUCAUUUAGCAGACACUCUUAUACAGAGCGACUUACAGUUAGUGAGUGCAUACAUUUUUCAUACUCACAAUACCCCAUAAUGACAAAGCAAAAACAGGUUUUUAGAAAUGUUUGUAAAUGUAUAAAAAAAAAAAAACUUCAAUAUUACAUUUACAUAAGUAUUCAGACCCUUUACUAAGUACUUUGUUGAAGCACUUUUGGCAGCGAUUACAGCCCCAAGUCUUCUUGGGUAUGACUCUAUAAGCUUGGCACACCUGUAUUUGGGGAGUUUCUCCCAUUAUUCUCUGCAGAUCCUCUCAAGCUCUGUCAGGUUGGAUGGGGAGCGUCGCUGCACAGCUAUUUUCAGGUCUCUCCAGAGAUGUUCGAUCCGGUUCAAGUCCGGGCUCUGGCUAGGCCACUCAAGGACUUUCGGAGACUUUUCCCGAAGCCACUCCUGCGUUGUCUUGACUGUGUGCUUAGGGUCAUUGUCCUGUUGGAAGGUGAACCUUCGCCCCAGUCUGAGGUCCUGAGUGCUCUGGAGCAGGUUUUCAUCAAGGAUCUCUCUGUACUUUGCUCUUUUCAUCUUUCCCUAGAUCCUGACUAGUCUCUCAGUCCCUGCAGCUGAAAAACAUCCCCACAGCAUGAUGCUGCCACCACCAUGCUUCACCGUAGGGAUGGUGCCAGGUUUCCUUCAGAUGUGACACUUGGCAUUCAGGCCAAAGAGUUCAAUCUUGGUUUCAUCAGACCAGGGAAUCUUGUUUCUUAUGGUCUGAGAGUCCUUUUAAGUGCCUUUUGGCAAACUCCAAGCGGGCUGUCAUGUGCCUUUUACUGAGGAGUGGCUUCCGUCUGGCCACUCUACCAUAAAGGACUGAUUGGUGGAGUGCUGCAGAGGUGGUUGUCCUUCUGGAAGGAUCUCCCAUCUCCACAGAGGACUCUGGAGCUCUGUCAGAGUGACCAUCGGGUUCUUGGUCACCUCCCUGACCAAGGCCCUUCUCCCCCGAUUGCUCAGUUUGGCCGGGUGGCCAGCUCUAGGAAGAGUCUUGGUGGUUCCAAACUUCUUCCAUUUAAGAAUGAUGGAGGCCACUGUGUUCUUGGGGACCUUCAACGCUGCAGAAAUGUUUUGGUACCCUUCCCCAGAUCUGUGCCUUGACAAAAUCCUGUCUCGGAGCUCUACGUACAAUUCCUUCGACCUCACAGCUUGGUUUUUGCUCUGACAUGCACUGUCAACUGUGGGACCUUAUAUAGAAAGGUGUGUGCCUUUCCAAAUCAUGUCCAAUCAAUUGAAUUCACCACAGGUGGACUCCAAUCAAGUUGGAGAAACAUCAAGGAUGAUCAAUGGAAAAAGGAUGCACCUGAGCUCAAUUUCGAGUCUCAUAGCAAAGGGUCUGAAUACUUAUGUAAAUAAGGUAUUUCUAAAAACCUGUUUUCACUUUGUCGUUAUGGAGUAUUGUGUGUAGAUUGAUGAGGAUUUAUUUGUAUUUAAUACAUUUUAGAAUAAGGCUGUAACGUAACAAAAUGUAGAAAAAGGGAAGGGGUCUGAAUACUUUCCGAAUGCACUGUAUACCCAUUGAUUCUUGAAAAAUAUAACUUAUAAAUACUUCAAACCAAGGCCAGGAUUCAAUCAUAUCAGCAGUAACCUGUGUUCGCCAACAAACACAUAGCUUAUCAUUGCUUUUGUUUAAUUGGACUCUGAGGUCUAACUGCGUUGGAGCUGUAAAAUCAGUGAGCAGCUGCUCUUUUGUUCAUUGUCACGAAACCAUACCUAUCCUUAUAUCCCACCCCUGUUAGAAGUUCAGUAAGAGAUAGUGUAGGCUAUAAAUAAAUAAUGACACUCAAAUUAAAAUACAUAAUAAGUAUUUAUAUCAGCCUAAUUGAGUUGCAAAUUACAUCACACAUUCCAGUGUUUGAAAUUGUAACACAGCUGCAUGGGAUUUCUACUAAUGUCAAUGCUAAUGGCAAUGGUGCGAUAGGUAUAACGCCGGGAACCGCUUGUGGAUUUGACAGCUCCAACGCAGUUACACUUUAUCACAAGUGUAGAGAGAAGUAGGCAGGAGGCAGUCGCAGGUUUAGCACUACUGAAUUUAUUAAAGUACCAUAGCUUAAAGCGGGAUGAAACUCACAGUGCAAAAUAUAAAGUACUCAGGAAAUAGUAGGAGAGAUUCCUCUCAGGAAAACAAGCAAACAUAUACAAUGACCGACAAAGACAAAUGACAGAGGGAUUAUAUACAGUGAGGGAAAAUAGUAUUUGAUCCCCUGCUGAUUUUGUACGUUUGCCCACUGACAAAGACAUGAUCAGUCUAUAAUUUUAAUGGUAGGUUUAUUUGAACAGUGAGAAACAGAAUAACAACAAAAAAAUCCAGAAAAAUGCAUGUCAAAAAUGUUAUAAAUAAAUUUGCAUUUUAAUGAGGGAAAUAAGUAUUUGACCCCUCUGCAAAAAUUGACUUAGUAUUUGGUGGCAAAACCCUAUUGUUGGCAAUCACAGAGGUCAGACGUUUCUUGUAGUUGGCCACCAGGUUUGCACACAUCUCAGGAGGGAUUUUGUUCCACUCCUCUUUGCAGAUCUUCUCCAAGUCAUUAAGGUUUCGAGGCUGACGUUUGGCAAUUCGAACCUUCAGAUCCCGCCACAGAUUUUCUAUGGGAUUAAGGUCUGGAGACUGGCCACUCCAGGACCUUAAUGUGCUUCUUCUUGAGCCACUCCUUUGUUGCCUUGGCCGUGUGUUUUGGGUCAUUGUCAUGCUGGAAUACCCAUUUACGACCCACUUUCAAUGGUGCGGAGUCACUGACCACCUUCCGGAGACACUUGAAACCCUACCUCUUUAAGGAAUACCUGGGAUUGUAUAAAAGUAAUCCCCCCCCACCCCACCCCCACAAAAUAUAUAAAAUAAUAAUAAUAACAAUAAUAAUAAUAAUAAUAAUAAUAAUAAUAAUAAUAAUAAUAAUAAUAAUAAUAAUUUUAAAAAAUAUAAAAAUAUAUAAAAAUUGUAAAGUGGUUGUCCCACUGGCUAUCAUAAGGUGAAUGCACCAAUUUGUAAGUCGCUCUGGAUAAGAGCGUCUGCUAAAUGACGUAAAUGUAAAUGUAAAAUGUAAUGAUCAUUGGAAACAGGAUGCACCUGAGCUCAAUUUUGAGUCUCAUAGCAAAGGGUCAAUAUACUUAUGUAAAUAUGUUUUUUAUUUUUAAUACAUUUGCAAAAAUCUCUAAAAACCUGUUUUCACUUUGUCAUUAUGGGGUACUGUAAAAUGUGUUAUUUAAUACAUUUUAGAAUAAGGCUGUAAUGUGAAAAAAAUUUGGAAAAAAUGAAGGGGUCUGAAUACUUUCCGAAUGCACUGUAUAUUCCUACAUUCCUCUCUUCCCCACUUCUCCUCUCCUCUAUAUUCGUCUCUUCCCAAUUUUUUCAUUUGCAUUUCGUUAACUAGAUGGUCAUUUUUCCAUGAAGUCACACAAUCUUUCUUCUUUGAAAGUAUUUUUGUGGCAGUGGAUAGGAUAGCAUGAACAUGGUUUGGUGUCUCUAGUUUGAACCGCUCAAGAGUUACUGUUGGUGGGUUAUUUUAUGCAAAUGUAAGGGACAUUUAUAUACAAAACAUUAAGAACACCUGCUCUUUCCAUGACAUAGACCAGUGGUUCCCAACUCUGGUCCUCGAGUACCCCCAACAGUACACAUUUUUAUUGUACCCCCGGACAAGCACACCUGAUUCAACUUGUCAACUAAUCAUCAAGCCCUCAAUGAGUUGAAUCAGGUAUGUUUGUCCGGGGCUACAACAAAAAUGUGUGUUGUUGGGGGUACUCGAGGACUCGAGUUGGGAACCACUAACAUAGACUGACCAGGUGCAUCCAGGUGAAAGCUAUGAUCCCUUAUUGAUGUCACUUGUUAAAUCCACUUCAAUCAAUGUAGAUGAAGGAGAGGAGAAAGGUUAAAGGAUUUUUAAGCCUUGAGACAAUUGAGACCUGGACUGUGUAUGUGUGUCAUUCAGAGGGUGAAUGGGCAAGACAAAAAAUGUAAGUGCCUUUGAACUGGGUAUGGUAGUAGGUGCCAGGCAAUCUGGUUUGUGUCAAGAACUGCAACGCUGCUGGGGUUUCCACGCUCAACAGUUUCCCUUUUGUAUCAAGAAUGGUCCACCAUCCAAAGGACAUCCAGCCAACUUAACACAACUGUGGGAAGCAUUGGAGUGAACAUGUGGUCCUCUGUAGCUCAAUUGGUAGAGCAUGGCGCUUGUAACGCCAGGGUAGUGGGUUCGAUCCCUGGGACCACCAAUACGUAAAUAUGUAUGCACACAUGACUGUAAGUCGCUUUGGAUAAAAGCAUCUGCUAAAUGGCUUAUUAUUAUUAUUAUUAUUAACAUGGGCCAACAUCCCUGCGGAACGCUUUCGAAAAAGCUCAAUAUUAGGAAGUUGGGCCUAGUGUUUGGUAUACUCAGUGUAGUUAUAGUUGAUAAAAGUUUGAAGUCAGGAUAGUCUGAAUAUGUAAAAGUCGGUUUGGUGUCUCUAGCUUGGACGGUUCAAGAGUUACUGUUGGUGGGUUAUUUUAUACACAUUUAUGCAAAUGUCCAGUAUAUACAGUGCCUUCAGAAAGUAUUCAUACUCCUUGACUUAUUCCACAUUUGUUGUUGGUAUUCAAAAUGGAUUAAAUGUAUUUAUUUUUCUCACCCAUCUACACACAAUACCCCGUAAUGACCUAGUGAAUACACCUGGAUUGUGCAACAUUUGCCCAUUAUUCUUUUCAGAAAACUUCAAGCUCUGUCAAAUUGGUUGUUGAUCAUUGCUAGACAACCAUUUUCAAGUUUUGUUAUAGAUUUCCAAGUACAUUUAAUUCAAAACUGUAACUCUGCCACUCAGGAGCAUUCACUGUCUUCUUGGUAAGCAAGUCCAGUGUAUAUUUGACCUUGUGUUUUAGGUUAUUGUCCUGCUGAAAGGUGAAUUCAUCUCCCAGUGUCUGGUGUAAAGCAGACUGAACCAGGUUUUCCUCUAGGAUUUAGCCAAAUCCUAGAGAAAAACAGAUUUGGCUAAUUAAUCUAAAUGGUUCAAAUCAGGAUCAUCCAAUAUUUAUACCAAUCUGUUGAAUUUAAAGGCAACAAACGAUCAAAUCAUUAUUGGUGGGAGACUAUAACAGAGUGUUAAGUACCUCCAUUUACCGUAAAGUAAAUCACUCUACAAACUAUCAUCCUUGUGCCCUUAAGGAGAUCACAAAUAUUAUGGACACAUUAGAAAUAGUGGAUAUUUGGAGACUAAAAAACCCUGACCUAGUGAUAUAUACAUGGAGGAGACUUAAUCAAGCUAGUUGUGUUGACUACUUUCUUGUCUCCUUCUCUCUCUUGCAUCAAAGGUUAAAAAAGUAUUGAUAGGAGACGGUAUGAGAUUCGACCAUCAUCUAAUUGCCCUUCACAUAACUCUUACAGAAUGUCCACUUGGAAGGGAAUAUUAGACAUUUUAUCAAAGUCUACUGGAGGAAAGAAAAUAAUUUAUAACUGAAUCUUUCCAGUACAAUAUAGGUUCAGAAAAUCCCCUUAUUGUUUGGGAUACCUUUAAAUAUACCUUCAGAGGUCAUUCAAUUCAAUAUUCAUCAGUAAAGAAAAAGCAGUUUCUGUAUAAAGAGACGAGGCUAACAAGAGAAAUAUAGGAACUAACAGUACAGGUACACUACCGUUCAAAAGUUUGGGGUCACUUAGAAAUGUCCUUGUUUUCGAAAGAAAAGCAUUUUUUUUGUCCAUUAAAAUAACAUCAAAUUGAUCAGAAAUACAGUGUAGACAUUAUUAAUGUCUUAAAUGGCUAUUGUAGCUGGAAAUGGCUGAUUUUUUUAAAUGGAAUAUCUACAUAGGUGUACAGAGGCCCAUUAUCAGCAACCAUCAGUCCUGUGUUCCAAUGGCACGUUGUGUUUGCUAAUCCAAGUUUAUCAUUUUAAAAGGCUAAUUGAUCAUUAGAAAACCAUUUUGCAAUUAUGUUAGCACAGCUGAAAAAUGUUGUGCUGAUUAAAGAAGCAAUAAAACUGGCCUUCUUGAGGCUAGAUGAAUAUCUGGAGCAUCAGCAAUUGUGGGUACGAUUACAGGCUCAAAAUGGCCAGAAACAAAUAACUUCCUUCUGAAACUCGUCAGUCUACUCUUGUUCUGAGAAAUUAAGGCUUUUCCAUGCGAGAAAUUGCCAAGAAACUGAAGAUCUCGUACAACGCUGUGUACUAUUCCCUUCACAGAACAGCGCAAACUGGCUCCGGGAUGCUGACCUUCUAGGCAGAGUUGCAAAGAAAAAGCCAUAUCUCAGACUGCCCAUCUUCAUCUUUUCUUUUUAUUGGCCAGUCUGAGAUAUGGCUUUUUCUUUGCAACUCCGCCUAGAAGGUCAGCAUCCCGGAGUCGCUUCUUCACUGUUGACGUUGAGACUGGUGUUUUGCGGGUACUAUUUAAUGAAGCUACCAGUUGAGGACCUGUGAGGCGUAUUCCAUUAAAAAUCAGCCGUUUCCAGCUACAAUGGCCAUUUACAACAUUAACUAUGUCUACACUGUAUUUCUGAUCAAUUUAAUGUUAUUUUAAUGGACAAAAAAAUUGAUUUUCUUUAGAAAACAAGGACAUUUCUAAGUAACUCCAAACUUUUGAACGGUAGUGUAGAUGGCAAUAAAAAUGGUACUACAGAAUGACGGUUAAGGUACCAUCUGAAUGACGAUUACUGUAAGGAAUACUGUAAGCAAAAACUGAAAAAUUAACAAAUCCACAAAAAGGUCGGUGCAAAUGCCAAAUUACAGAGGACAUUUCUGAGGCUAUUAAAUCCUUUCAGUCUGGAAAAACCCCAGGGCUUGAUGGCAUACCAGUAGAGAUAUACAGUGCAUUCGGAAAGUAUUCAGACCCCUUCCAUUUUGUUAUGUUACAGCCUUAUUCUAAAAUGGAUUAAAUAAAUCAAAAAUCCUCAUCAAUCUACACAAAAUGCAUUAUGUAUGACUGAAAAAUACAUAUGUAUGACAGAAAAAUACCCUCACGCUGCAUUAUUUAUUUAAUUUUUAAAAUACCCCAUAAUGACAAAUCGAAACAGGUUUUUAGACAUUGUUGCACAAAAAAUGACAUUAAAUUAAAAAUACCUUAUUUACAUAAGUAUUCAGACCCUUUGCUAUGAUACUCGAAAUUGAGCUCAGGUGCAUCCGGUUUCCAUUGAUCAUCCUUGAGAUGCUUCUACAACUUGAUUGGAGUCCACCUGUGGUGAAUUCAAUUGAUUGGACAUGAUUUGGAAAGGCACACACCUGUCAAUAUAAGGUCCCACAGUUGACACUGCAUGUCAGAGCAAAAACCAAGCCAUGAGGUUGAAGGAAUUGUCCGUAGAGCUCCGAGACAGGAUUGUGUCGAAGCACAGAUCUGGGGAAGGGUACUGUACAUAUGUAUGACAGAAAAAUACCCUCACGCUGCACAUGUUCACGCCAUAAUAUGUGUAAGGACUACAUGUGGUGUGCACAUGUUUGUGCGCAUGUGUACGUGCGUACACGUGUGCACAAACAUGCGCACAUCCCAUGUAGUCCUCAAACAUAUCAUGGUUGUGGCCCAUAGUUUUUCCAUGUUAGAUUCGGAGAUAAGGCUUGGGAGGAUAAAUAAUGAAUAAAUGACCAGGUUAAAUAACAUCUCCAAAUCUAAUAAAUAAAUAUGUCACAGAGAAUGUUUAUAGAUGUGCCCAAGCAACUCUCUCACAAACCCAGGACCUGCAUUUUUAUGACAGUCAUAGAGUAAACAACAUCUAAAAAUAGCUAAAACAGAGAAGGAGAUGGAGGGGGUGAGAACUAAAAAUGGUCAGAGUAAGCUCUGGUCUUUAAGCUGCAAAUAAAAUGAGAAACGUUAAAAGAAAAUCUGACCACACACAAGUUCAGAGAGUAAGGACUGACAGUCUCUUUUGAUCCGAUUCGUGUGUCUUUGCCACUGGUCCACUGGCUUGAGCUGUCGAACGUUUGAUACAAAUAUACUGUAAAUAUCAAGAUUUAGGAACCCAUGAUCACACACAGGGCUGUGGCGGUCACGAAAGUUUGUCAGCCGGUGAUUGUCACGCAAUUAACUGUCGGUCUCAGGGUAAUUGACCGUUAAUUAAUAUAAACACAUUUAGCCUCUCCUGGCUUCCACACACAGCCUACAAGCCAUUUAAAAAAGUCUAAUAAAUCAAUUUAAUAUAGCCUACACCUUCACAAUAAAUCCAUUAUUUAUUUUUGACAGGUCUAAAGAAACAUAAUAUGAAGAAAAUGUAGUCUAUUUCAGAAGAAAAGAAUAGCAUACUCGUGAGUUGUCCUUAUGUUAGAUCCUGAUGUGGAUAUGCCAAAUGGCUGUGGGUUACACUAGUUCAUUUAGCAGAGAAGAUUUGCUUAUAAUUCCAUGGCAUUAUUUUAUAGUAUUUUAUAGUAUAAAGAGUACAAUUGAACAAAGCUAAAUAAAAUAUAAAUAUUUUCUCCAAACGAUUUGAGGGAGUGCGCACAUGCGGCUAUUCUGUGUUGAGCAGUUAACAAAGAAAUAGGUACUCCUAUAUGCUUAAUUUAGAGUUAUUAAUGUAACUUUAGUUGUUCUACAAACGUUGGGCUAUAUGUUUUGAUUUUUAAUACAUUGUAAGGCUGCAUGAUGAGACUCUAAUGAUGAUUUGAAAAAAGUAGCUUGAAAGGCAUGAGCUCUGCUUUGUUUUUUGCGCAGGCUGUACACACUUCAAUAGUCUCUCAUUCACAAUUGGACAAGCACGAAAGCAUCCCCUUUGUGGCUUGUAAUGCACCCUAGAAUAAUCCAUGCCUUUUGCUGCGAUGUGCCCUUCUCCAUGAGUGUGCUGCGCAAUCCGAAGCGUCUCUCACUCACAUGGAUCUCUCAGAUAUCUCAAUUCUUAUUAGCCAAUGCCCGUCACGUGAUUGGGUCUUUCUCACAGGCUACAAGUUAAGAAGACAGACUCAACUGCGCACGUCCUUAUCCAAUUCCGAGGUGCAUAUUGAAGAUAUUGGAAGAACUGUCCACAUUUACUUUUCGUCAGCCAACAGGAUGAGUAGGCCUAACGAACAGCAAAAGCACUAGCCUAUGUCAAUCUACUAUCCCCCAUAGUACAAAAGUUGACCUAUUCUAUUCUGUGCGAGAAAUAUAUAUUCCAAACCAAGUGUGGGACAGUUGUGGGAUGCGAUAGAUCCCAAAUUAAUACAACCACUAGCAUCAAUAAACCUUUUUUAUGCAAUGUGGCUGACACAACAUAUCAGAACAUUUUGCUUAAAAUGUUGAUAAACUAUUAGGCUAUUUAUUCACAUUAUAAGCGCAGCAAUGCGCACAUGGUAGUAGGCUAUAAGCACGAAUGUUCCAUUAGCAGAAAAAAACAUUAUCAAAAGUUAUCGCAAAUGCAAUUAUGAAUGUAAUGCUUUUUAUUAUAAAGGUGCAUUUUUAUGGUGAAAAUUAUCUUCCCCAAACUUGAAACUCACGCACUGCUUAUGUAUGCCAGUUAGGCUCUACACCCUUUGUAAUCGGAUUAAUAUGCUUAAUUUUAAGAAGUUAUUUGACCCCUUUAAAACAUAUAGGCCUAUGGGCUAGGCUACAAAUGUUAUUUACAUAAAGGAAUAUUAGUGGGAAUAUAGUCAUAAUAUGAACACGAAAAAGGAGAAUGGAAUUUAUUUGAAAAUAUUUAGAUUUGAUUGGAGAAAGAACAAGUAGGCCCUCGGUUCAUGGCUCAAUACUGCCAUCUGCAGAAAGAUAAUGAGAUUCCAACAUACCAUAGUACUCUAUUAGAUUUAAGUAGGGUCGAGCAUAGAGUCCAGUAGGUCAGUGCCACAAGGCUACAUAGUCAUAGGCCUACACUUGACUGCUGGAGGGAAUACACAGCCGUCCUUGAUUGUGAGGUAGAAUGAAAUGUUGAAUGCGACAAGAGGUAAACAACGUUUUUCCAUCAAUAGAAUCAAUGCAGGGAGGAAACGUGAUAUCAUAAGGGAAUCCCUUAGACCGCACUUACUGGUAUGACUAGUUCUCACCCGCUCUGGCAGAGAAGUAGCCUAUGUGAAAGCUUUAACAGUAGCCUAAACAUACAAUUAAAGUAUCCAUCACCAAUAAAUGAAUGAACUUCCAAGAUAAUAGGCUGGUUUAUGCUGUGAACAGAGUUUUAUUUAUUAGCCUACCAGAAUCGCCUACAAAAAGAGGCUUGUGAUAGGCCUUCAAUUGAAAUAUUUCACUUAUUAUAACCUACCGUUAUCAAUAACAGGGAAAAAUAUAUAUUUAAUCUCCAAAAUAAAAUGUAGAGAUAAUAAACUUGGUUUACUGAAACUUAAGGAAGCGAUACGAUUUUCAAUAGCACCGAUGACAACAACCUAUUCAUUUGAUGAUGUCUCCUCCCGUUGCUCCCCUCCGGCGCUCUGAUUCGCCGGUCUACUGAGCCACCGGUCUGAGAGCACCACCGGAAUAGAAACCCAACGCAACCUAAUCACCUCCAGCGCACCUGCACCUCGUCAUCUCAUCACCACCCCUAUUUAGCCCUGGACUGUUCCCUAUGAUGUUGUGUUUGAUUGUUUAGCUGUGUGUCGUGUACUCUAUCUUUGUUAUUUCUCUUUGUCGUUGUUUAAGUAUACCUUGACCUUGUUAAUUCCUGCGUCUGCAUCCUGCCUCUUCGUAUACUCAGUACUCGUCACAGAUGAUAAGGCAAAUCUCCUCAAGAAGGAGCACUUGAGAGGAAGAACCGUGCUUAAUGGAUGGAUUUGGCGGAUGGGUUUCAAAAUAAAUUCUCGCAUUGCAGGGAUCAACUUGUUGUGGCAGUUUUAUAGCCUUAUGCAGCAGUAGCAGUAAUAAUAAAGUCUGAAUGCCAAGAGUCACGUCUGGAGGAAACAUGGCACCAUCCUUACGGCGAAAAAUGGUGGCGGCAACAUCAUGCUGUGGGGAUGUUUUUCAGCGGCAGGGACUGGGACACUAGUCAGGAUCGAGGGAAAGAUGAACGGAGCAAAGUACAAAGAGAUCCUUGAUGAAAACCUACUCCAGAGCGCUCAGGACCUCUGACUGGGGCCAAGGUUCACCUUCCAGCAGGACAACGACCCUAAGCACACAGCCAAGACAAUACAGGAGUGGCUUUGGGACAAGUCUCUGAAUGUCCUUAAGUGGCCCAGCCAGAGCCUGGACUUGAACCCGAUUGAACAUCUCUGAGAGACCUGAAAAAUAGCUGUGCAGCGACGCUCCCCAUCCAACCUGGCAGAGCGUGAUAGGAUCUGCAGAGAAGAAUGAGCGUCAUACUCAAAAAGACUUGAGGCUGUUAUCGCUGCAUAAGGUGCUCAACUAAGUACUGAGUAAAGGGUCUGAAUACGUAUGUACAGUGCCUUGAAAAAGUAUUCAUCCCCCUUAGCGUUUUUCCUAUUUUGUUGAUUUUUAUUUGGAUUUCAUGUAAUGGGCAUGUCCAAAUUGGUGAAGUGAAAUUAAAAAAAUAACUUGUUUCAAAAUAUUCUAAAAAAUAAAUAACUGAAAAUUGGUUUGUGCAUAUGUAUUCACCCCCUUUGCAAUGAAGCCCCUAAAUAAGAUCUGGUGCAACCAAUUACUUUCUGAAGUCACAUAAAUCUAAGUGUCACAUAACCUGUCACAUGAUUUCAGUAUAUAUACACCUGUUCUGAAAGGCCCCAGAGUCUGCAACACCACUAAGCAAGGGGCACCACCAAGCAAGCGGCACCAUGAAGACCAAGGAGCUCUCCAAACAGGUCAGGGACAAAGUUGUGGAGAAGUACUGAUCAGGUUUGGGUUAUAAAACAAUAUCUGAAACUUUGAACAUCCCACGGAGCACCAUUAAAUCCAUUAUUAAAAAAUGUUAAGAAUAUGGCACCACAACAAACCUGCCAAGAGAGGACCGCCCACCAAAACUCACGGACCAGGCAAUGAGGGCAUUAAUCAGAGAGGCAACAAAGAGGCCAAAGAUAACCAUCGGUGCUAUUGAAAAUCGUGGGCUGCAAAGCUCCACAGCGGAGAUUGGAGUAUAUGUCCAUAGGAACACUGUAAGCCGUACACUCCACAGAGCUGAGCUUUAUGGAAGAGUGGCCAGAAAAAAGCCAUUGCUUAAAGAAAAAAAUUAACAAACACGUUUUGUGUUCGCCAAAAGGCAUGUGGGAGACUCCCCAAACAUAUGAAAGAAGGUACUCUGGUCAGAUGAGACUAAAAUUGAGCUUUUUGGCCAUCAAGGAAAAAACUAUGUCUGGCGCAAACCCAACACCUCUCAUCACCUCGAGAACACCAUCCCCACAGUGAAGCAUGGUGGUGGCAGCAUCAUGCUGUGGGGAUGUUUCUCAUCGGCAGGGACUGGGAAACUGGUCAGAAUUGAAGGAAUAAUGGAUGCGGCUAAAUACAGGGAAAUUCUUGAGGGAAACCUGUUUGUCUUCCAGAGAUUUGAGACUGGGACGGAGGUUCAUCUUCCAGCAGGACAAUGACCCUAAGCAUAUUGUUAAAGCAACACUCGAGUGGUUUAAGGGGAAACAUUGAAAUGUCUUGGAAUGGCCUAGUCAAAGCCCAGACCUCAAUCCAAUUGAGAAUCUGUGGUAUGACUUAAAGAUUGCUGUACACAAGCGGAACCCAUCCAACUUGAAGAAGCUGGAGCAGUUUUGCCUUGAAGAAUGGGCAACAAUCCCAGUGGCUAGAUGUGCCAAGCUUAUAGAGACAUACCCAAAGAGACUUGCAGCUGUAAUUGCUGCAAAAGGUGGCUCUACAAAGUGUUGACUUUGGGGGGAUGAAAUGUUAUGCAAGCUCAAGUUUUGUGUUUUCUUGUCUUAUUUCUUGUUUGUUUCACAAUAACAAAAUAUUUUGCAUCUUCAAAGUGGUAGGCAUGUUGUGUAAAUCAAAUGAUGCAAACCCCCCAAGAAUCAAUUUUAAUUGCAGGUUGUAAGGCAACAAAACAGGAAAAAUGCCAAGGGGGGUUAAUACUUUCACAAGCCACUGUAAAUAUGAUAUUUCCGUUUUUGCAAAAAUGUCUAAAAAACGUUUUUUGCUUUGUCAUAAUGGGGUGUUGUGUGUAGAUGAGGGGGGAAAAAACAAUUGAAUCCAUUUUAGAAUAAGGCUGUAACGUAACAAAAUGUGGAAAAAGUCAAGGGGUCUGAAUACUUUCCGAAUGCGAUGUGCCUCAACUGAUAUGCCAUCCAGCCCUGGAGUUUUCCCGGACUUAAAAAAAUAAAAAAUUGUAGCAUUUCUAUGUUGAAGAUUAAAAAAUAAUUUUGUGCAUUUUCCCCCAUAUUCCAUCCAGUUCACUUUAUUUUGUGUAAUACAGUGCCCUCCACUAAUAUUGGCACCCUUUGUAAAUAUGAGAAAAAUGGGCUGUGAAAGAAAUCUUUGCUGUUUAUCCUCUUGGUCUUUCAUUCAAAAUAUAAAAAAAAGCAAACCUUUAAUUGAUGUAAAAUGAUUCAAAAAAAUAAGUGUGAAAUAAAAUAAAUAAAUAUUUUUCUCAAUCAUUUGUGCAACAAUUAUUGGCACCCCUAGUAAUUAUUAUGAGUAUAAUCGAACUGAAAUAUAUUCCCAUUCAUAUUUUGUUUUUAAGUUCACAUGAGUGAUUAGGAACACUUAAGUGGUAAGCCAUGGCUUCCUGUUUCACUGGGGUAUAAAUAUGAGGUGACACACAGGCCAAGUUCCCAUAGUCAUCCAUCACUAUGGGAAAGACCCGAGAAUACAGUAAUGAUGUGCGACAAAAGGUUGUUGAGCUGCACAAAUCAGGAAAUCGCUAUAAGAAAAUACCUCAACGGUUGAAAAUGCCCAUUUCCACUAUCAGGGCAAUAAUUGAGAAGUUUAAAGCAACUGGAGAUGUUAACAAUCUGCCUGGAAGACGACGUGUGUCUAUAUUGACCCCACGCACAGUGAGGGGAUGGUUCGAGUGGCCAAAAAAUCUCCAAGGAUCACAGCUGGAGAAUUGCAGACGUUAGUUGGGUCUUGGUGUCAGAAAGUCUCCAAAACUACGAUCAGACGCCACCUACAUAACCACAAGUUGUUUGGGAGGGUUGCCAUAAAAAUGUGUUUGCUGUCAUCAAACAACAAACUCAAGCACCUACAGUUUGCCAAAAGUUACUGGAACUUUCAAUGGGACCGGGUUCUAUGGUCAGAUAAGACCAAAACAGACCUUUUUGGAAACAAACACCAGACGUGGGUUUGAUGUAGACAGAAAGAUAGCCAUGCAGAAAAGUACCUCAUCCCCACUGUGAAGUAUGUUGGUGGAUCGUUGAUGUUGUGGGACUGUUUUUCUUCCAUAGGAUACAUGGUAUCAUGGACGCCAGCAAGUACCAGCAGAUAUUAAAUCAAAACCUGACUGCCUCUGCUAGGAAGCUUAAACUGGGCCAUGGUUGGAUCGUCCAGCAGGACAAUGAUCCAAAGCACACCUCGUGACAAUGAUCCAAAUCACCACAAAAAUGCUUCACUUACUACAGAAUCAAGGUUUUGCCAUGGCCAUCCCAGUCCCCUGAACUAAACCCCAUAGAAAACCUGUGGGAUGAGCUGAAGAGGAGAGUCCACAAGCGUGGACCUCGGAAUCUGAAGGAUCUGGAGAGAUUAUGUAUGGAGGAAUGGUCUCAGAUCCCUUGCCAUGUGUUCUCCAACCUCAUUACACAUUAUAGGAGAAGACUCAGAGCUGUUAUCUUGGCAAAGGGAGGUUGCACAAAGUAUUGAAUGAAGGAGUGGCAAUAAUUGUGGCACACAUAUAUUUGAGAAAAAUAUUAGUGUUAUGAUUUUACUUUAAUUAAAGGUUAGAUUUUUGUGAAUAUUUUGAAUGAAAGACCAAGAGGAUAAACGAUAAAGACAGUUUUUUUCACAGCCCGUUUUGCUCAUAUUUACCAAGGGUGCCAAUAUUAGUGGAGGGCACUGCAUAUUUCACUUGGUCUUUCUUGAAUAAGUUCCUCCAUUUCUUUUUGUUUUUCCUCUAACUUAUUAUGUGCCUCUGUUACAGUUUUUACUGCUAUUUGUCUGUACCUUUAGUACCUCUAUUUCCUUUGUUAAGAUGAACUAUUUUGGCCUAAAAGAGGAGAGAAAGAGGAGAGAAUGAACAAGAGGAGAGAAAGAAUGAGGGAACAAGAAAGAGAGUGAGAAAAUUAGUGAAUGGUUGGAUGAUGUUGGUAUGUAGAGGGGGGACUGUUUUCACUGUUGAGGAUUAGGCAUCGUUGGAUGUCCUUUGUAGGGAGCAGGAAUUCAUGGAGCGUGAAGAGUGUGUGUACCUGUGUGUGCCUGUGUGUGUACGUGUAUGUGCGUGCAUGUCUGCGUACGUGCUCUUGUGUGUGACAGAGCAUAGCUGUGAGUAUCUAUGUGUGACACCUAGACACCCACCUUCGUAAUACUUGAAGGAUUCUGCCAACAUUGAGCUGGCGAUGUUACGUCUUUAGGUAGAGAAAUCAACUUCAGUUUGCAAUGUGACAAAGAGUAAUUUUAGUGCUGAAACGAGAAGCACAUUGCUAGGCGAGGGAGACUGUUUUCCCUGUGUGUGUGUGCGCGCACGUCUAUGUGAAUGUACUGUAUGUGUACGUUUGGCCUGUGUGUGGGUGCAUGGUGCGUGUGUGUGUGUACGACAGUGUUGUAGUACUCGAGACCGGUCACAUAUUGACUGUUUCGGGUCUUGUCUCUGUGUCAGAUAUAUUUUUACUAGGUCUUGACUAGGUCUCGGACAAUGAGGAGUCAGAAUUGCUUCCUGAGACCAGUGGAGUAAAAAAUCAUAAUUAUCAGUCACCACCCUGGUCUGGAUAUAUGAGCUCAUCUUGUUUUUCUAUGUGGGGUUCAGUUCUUCUGCUUUGUGGCCUGAGUGACUCCCAAUCAGAGGCAACGAGUGUCAGCUGUGGCUGGUUGUCUCUGAUUGGGAGCCAUAUUUAAACUGUCUGUGUUCCCUUGGUGUUUGUGGGUUUUUGUUCCAGUUGGUCAUUGUUACCUAGGACGUUACGAGUCGUUUUGUUGUUUUGUAUCGUGUGUGCACUUUAACUAAUUAAAGUAUGUUCGCUCAACACGCUGCGCCUUGGUCCUCCUCUAUGUAUGACGAUCGUGACAGAAAAACCCACCGUACCAGGACCAACCAGCGUGUCCAGGAGCAGGCAGCCUGGACGUGGGAGCAGAUUUUGGACGGACAGGGGUCCUGGACCUGGGAGGAAAUCCUGGCCGGGAUGGAUCGCCGGCCAUGGAGUGAGACUGUAGAGAGGCGACGGAGAGAGGAGCAACGGCGUGAUCAGGGUCGUCGUCGGACGGUCGAGAGGCAACCCCAAAUAAUUUUUAGGGGGGGGCACAGGGCAUGGACGACGGGGCUGACGGAGGCAGAAAAGGGGCGUAUUCAAAAGGCCACCAGGUUACGGGGGUCACUGGUAAAGGAAGGGAAGGAAGGUUUAGAGGCACGGCGAGAGGUACUGGGAUGUGUUACCAGUCCGGUCCGGCCCGUUCCAGAUCCCGGGGUAGAGCCAGUGGUGUGUGUCCCCAGUACGGUCCGGCCUGUUACGGCCCCUCGCAACAAAUGGACGGUGCGCGUCGCCAGCCCGGUCCGGCCUGUUCCUGCCUCUCGCACCAAGCAUACGGUGUGCGUCGCCAGCCUGGUCCGGCCUGGUCCUGCUCCACGCACCAAGCCUACGGUGUGCGUCGCCAGCCCGGUCCGGCCUGUUCCUGCCUCUCGCACCAAGCCUACGGUGUGCGUCGCCAGCCCGGUCCGGCCUGUCCCUGCUCCACGCACCAAGCCUACGGUGUGCGUCGCCAGCCCGGUCCGGCCUGUCCCUGCUCCUCGCACCAAGCCUACGGUGUGCGUCGCCAGCCCGGUCCGGCCUGUUCCUACUACACGCACCAAGCCAGGGGUGCGCAUCGUCAGCCCGGUCCGGCCUGUUCCUACUCCACACACCAAGCCAGGGGUGCGCGUCGCCAGCCUGGCCCGGCCUGUUCCUGCCACUCGCACCAAGCCAGGGGUGCAAGUCGUCAGCCCGGUUCGGCCCGUUCCGGCUCCACGCACCAAGCCAGGGGUGCGCGUCGUCAGUCCAGCACAACCCGUGCCUGGGUCACCGGUGCCUGGUAAGGUACCGGUCAACUGCUCCACUACGGAGCUGAAGCUAACCGCUCCUGCUACGUCCAGUUCAGCUCCAGCCAGCGGGGCCAGACCGGACCAGGGGCGCUAUGGGGGGUUUAUUGGAGGGUGGUGGGAAAGGCCGGAGCCAGAACCGCCGCCGAGGAGGAAUGCCCACCCAGCCCUCCCCUGUUUUGUUCUAGUGGAGGCGCGGUCGCAGUCCGCGCCUUUAGGGGGGGGGUACUGUCACACCCUGGCUCUGGGACUCUAUAUGUUGAGCCAGGGUGUGUUCAUUCUAUGUGGUAUAUUUCUAUGUUGGGGGUUCUAGUUCUUCUGUUUCUUUGUUGGCCUGAGUGACUCCCAAUCAGAGGCAACGAGUGUCAGCUGUGGCUGGUUGUCUCUGAUUGGGAGCCAUAUUUAAACUGUCUGUGUUCCCUUGGUGUUUGUGGGUUUUUGUUCCAGUUGGUCAUUGUUACCUAGGACGUUACGAGUCGUUUUGUUGUUUUGUAUCGUGUGUGCACUUUAACUAAUUAAAGUAUGUUCGCUCAACACGCUGCGCCUUGGUCCUCCUCUAUGUAUGACGAUCGUGACAAUCAGCUCCCAUUCAGUCAGCGCAUAAAACGUCUUCACCAGGCCAAAUAUCCACACUCCUUUUACGACACAUUCAUUUUAAUAAAAAAUAUCCUCAAACUUUGUCGAGCUCAUCAGAAUUUCCUUGAUUUGUUGGUAGGGAAGAGUGGAGGAAAUAAUUUGAAAGUUGCACUCUCACUAUUAGUAAGGGGAGACCGGCGGAAGUUGUAACAUUUUGUAUUUUUAUCUAUUAUAGACCUGUUUGCAUUAGUGAUCAUUUGGAGAGUGGCUCUCUAUUUGCCCUCAGCAUGCAUUUGUUCACCAUUCUGAAUGGCUAAGGAAUCCAUAUGUUAUUCUGAAAUAUGAACACAGAAAUACUGGACAUUUUGAACUCUUAUUAUGGUGGCGAUGUGACACAAUUUCAAUCAUGGUCUUGACUCGGUCUCGGACCCCUCACCCCCCUCCCGGUCUUGGUCUUGAUUCGGACUCAAUUUGCUCUGGUCUCGCUUUAGGUAGUCUCGAACCCAACACUGGUGUACGGUAUUUAUGACCUCACCCAUGUGUUCCUGGGGAUCUGAGGGUUACACGAGAAUUGCCAGGUGAACCGUGUGCGCUCUCAAAAUCUGGGAUUGAUCGAGUUAGCGGGAGAGUAGCCUGGCUUAAGAUGUAUAGGAUAAUAAUGGGGUGAUUUAUGUGCUUUGAAGGAAGGGGUGUAUUUUUUCCACUCCCGCUCUAGCCAAGAAAGCGGUGGGAGGGGAUGGAACUUGGACUCAGCUCGUCUGACAGUGUCAAAACAAUGUAUCUGUUAGAAUGACUGACUGUAAAUCUCCCUCGCCUUCUUUUUUUUUCUUUCUCCUUCUUUCUCUCUGUCUCUUAAUAUUGCUCUCUCUCUUGCUCUCUGUCUGUUUGAUGUUUCUUACAUUUCUUUAUUUUUCUUUCAGUGAUUAAUAAAUAAGACCCACCCCCUCUCUUUCUUUCUCUUUCUCUCUCCCUCUCUCUCUCUCUCUUUGUCUGUCUGAACAGAAACAGGCUUUCGUUUGUUAUGAACUCGAUCGAUUUACAUGAUUUAUGAACUUGAUCAGGGAAAGAAUCUGUGUGAGGGAAAGUUGAUGUCAUGCCCUUCAUGUUUGUGAAUUGUAGGUCAUCUGAUAGGCUUGCAGUUCUCUAAGAGGAAGGGGUUAAUGAGGGGAUUGACCCUUCAUUAGCCCUGUUAAUAAAGUCUGUCAUUAGGAAAGUUCUAAGAGGAAUGAGAGCGGUAUGAGUUUUAUGGUAUACAGUUUCAUGUGGGAUCCCUUACUAUAGCUGGUUAAUUGGUGUAGGUAGGGAGGGGAGGGGUGGCUUUAUGUCUAUCUAUACUGAACAAAAGUAUAAACGCAACAUGUACAGUGUUGGUUUCAUGAGCAGACAUAAAAGAUCCCAGAAAGGUUCCAUACGCACAAAAAGCAUAUUUCUCUCAAAUUUUGUGCACAAAUUUGUUGACAUCCCUGUUAGUUAUUAUUUCGCCUUUGCCAAGGUAAUCCAUCCACCUGACAGGUGUGGCAUAUCAAGAAGCUUAUUAAACAGCAUUAUCAUUACACUGGUGCACCUUGUGCUGAGGACAAUAAAAGGCCACUCAAAAAUGUGCAGUUUUGUCAAACAACACAAUGCCACAGAUGUCUCAAGUUUUGAGGGUGCAUGCAAUUGGCAUGCUGACUGCAGGAAUGUCCACCAGAGCUGUUGCAAGACAAUUGAAUGUUCAUUUCUCUACCACAAGCCGCCUCCAAUGUCGUUUUUGAGAAUUUGGCAGUGCGUCCAACCGACCUCACAACAGCAGACCAUGCAUAACCAUGCCAGCCUGGACCUCUACAUCCGGCUUCUUCACCUGCGGGAUCGUCUGAGACCAGCCACCCGGACAGCUGAUGAAACUGAGGAGUAUUUCUGUCUGUAAUAAAGCGCUUUUGUGGGGGAAACUUAUUCUGAUUGGCUGGGCCUGGCUCCCCAGUGGGUGGGCCUGGCUCCCAAGUGGGUGGGACUAUGCCCUCCCAGGCCCACCCAUGGCUGCGCCCCUGCCCAUUCAUGUGAAAUCCAUAGAUUAGGGCCUAAUGAAUUUAUUUCAAUACCUUUUACACUUGGUACUCCUUUUACCCAUUUACUUUACAUUUUGACCUCCUGUUAUCCUAAAGCCUCUAACAAACAACUUAGGCCAGACAUACUUUUGGUGGCAGUUAAACACAGAGAUAUGUUCAAGGUGAAUGAGAAUUCCUAAAAGUCAACCUAACCUCCUAUUUGUGAAGCAGACCAUAGUUUCCAGUGUUAGUUUAAUCUUUGUCUUCCAUUGUUUACCUUUUAACCUUUUUUGACUGACACAUCCUGACACCUCACCCCUCCACCUCCCAGGUUCGUGACGCGCUUCAUCGAGCUCGACGGCCUCACCUGCCUGCUCAAUUUCCUGCGGAGCAUGGACUACGAGACGUCAGAGAGCCGCGUGCACACCUCGGUCAUCGGCUGCAUCAAGGCCCUGAUGAACAACUCGCAGGGUCGAGCCCACGUGCUGGCCCACCCGCAGAGCAUUAACACCAUCUCCCAGAGCUUGCGGCAGGACAACGUCAAGACCAAGGUUGCCGUGCUGGAGAUCCUGGGCGCAGUGUGCCUGGUGCCUGAUGGCCACAAGAAGGUGCUGCAGGCGAUGGCCCACUACCAGAAGUAUGCCGCUGAGAGGACCCGCUUCCAGGUAUAGUCCAACAAAUGCUGGGGUACUCCUAAAGCUAAGUAAAUGACUCGUAAAUCUAAUCUAUAGUUUUAGUGUGGGUGUGCCACACUAAUUUUAAAUCAUCCCCAAGAGUGAAUAUGUCUUUUUGACCAUGCAUAGAAGAGUUGCAAGGACAUUGUCCCUGUAUCCCAGGGGUGGGCAAACGUAUUGGUUCAAUAGCCACAUCAGGACAGAUAGUGCAGAUUUGGCAAGAAAAGGGCAGUUAUUUAAACAAAAUUAGGUCCUUAAAACCACCACAUUUAAUCGGCUGGCGGGACGGAUUGGCCGUAGUUUACCCACCACUGCAACUCUUGCAGAUCAAUUUCAUUGUAGUUAAUAUAACUGAGUAAUUGUCCAUUCAACCCAUGCACCUAACUGAGUAAGUGUCCCUGUAACCCAUGCAGACGUUGCUGAAUGAGCUAGACAGAAGUACGGGGCGAUACAGAGACGAGGUCAACCUGAAGACAGCCAUCAUGUCCUUCAUCAACGCUGUGCUCAAUGCCGGGGCUGGGGAGGUCAGUCAUGAUCGCCAUUUUACUCUUUAAUUCCCCUGUCACACCCACAGCUAGGUCUACAUUAUAUUGGAUUAUUCAUGAGAGUCACAUUUAAACAAUUCUACCAAGAUAUCAUUGAAUAGUUCGUCUGCACACACCCUAAUAAAUACAUUAGAUUUGCGUGAUAGAGGCUACAUCAUUGUUGUUAUUGUUUUUGUUGGCAGGUUGAGGAGCGUAAUUCUUUUUAUUUUUGUAUUAGCAUGGUCAACUAAAUUGCAGUAUAUGUUGUGCUAUUCUAUCGCGCGUGCAAUGAUGUCAGAGUGGAAAAAAACAGUGUUUGUUGUUUGCAGUAACUUCUUUGUUGUUGUAAUAUUGCAAAUGGACAUGACCGUUUCAUCAUUAUGGAUUCCAGCUUUAAAUAAUAAGUCAAGUUUAUUCUUGUAUUACAAUAGUGCACAGACACAGUAGCCUACAUACAUUAACAACUGUUAAAGCUAAUUAAAAGUCCAAGAGCAAAGUACUGUAUGCCUGAAUGAUACAGGGUUGCUGUUGUUGUCGUCAGCUGUGUUUGAUCCCCUGUACUUCUAUCCUUAGGACAACCUGGAGUUCCGCCUCCACCUUAGGUACGAGUUCCUGAUGUUGGGGAUCCAGCCUGUGAUUGACAAGCUCAGAGGGCACGAUAAUGCCACUCUGGACAGGUGAGGCGGGGGACAAGAUAACCACUAAGCUUCUUAGAAAGCUUCUUAGUCCCUACAGUAAGGUUGUUGGAUUCAAGGCUGGCAUCCAGCUCAUAAGAUAUACAGACAGAGAUGGAAUGACUCUCUCAAGCUUAUUGUCUCUUUCAUGCCUGUGUCAUAUUUCCAGGCAUUUGGACUUCUUUGAGAUGGUGAGGAAUGAGGAUGACUCAGAACUUGCGAAGCGCUUUGACAUGGUGAGUGCCUGUUUUACCAUCCCCAUGUGAAGUAAAGGUGUCUUUAUUGGAAUGUUCUCAAUCUAUGAAUGUCAAACUUUUACUGCUGCUCUUUAAUUAUUUGUUAUCUAUUUUUUACUUCACUUACUUUUCUUAAAACUGCAUUGUUGGUUAAGGGCUGGUAAGUAAGCAUUCACUGUAAGGUCUACACCUGUUGAAUUUGGCGCGUGUGUGCUUGUAUUGAGGAUCUCUAAGUGCAUCCAUGCCUAAUUUCAGGUUUAUUGUUAUCGAUUGACUUGGUAUUUUAAUGAUUGGAUGUUUUACUUUCAUUCAACAGACCCACGUAGACACCAAGAGCGCUGGCCAGAUGUUUGAGUUGAUCAAGAAGAAGUUGAACCACACAGACGCCUAUCCUUACCUGCUCUCUAUCCUCCAGCACUGCCUCCAGAUGCCCUGUGAGUACAUCAAUCGCUAUUGA